GGCGUGCCUGGCGCGGGGGCGGGGCGGCGCCAGGUGCCGGCGGGGCCCGGUCAGCGUCUCGGGAGGAGGGCCGCGCCGAGAGGGAGCGAGGGAGAGCGAGAGAGAGAGGAAGGCCCCUCCGCCAGCGCCGCCCUUCAUGGCUCCGCCGCCGCCUCGGCCCUGGGGGGCGCCUCCCCGGAGAGCAGCGCGCGCGUGAGGCGAGAGGCCGAGGCCGCCGCGAGGAUGCUCCGCUGCAUGCCGCCGCUGUGGCGCUGCAACCGGCAGGUGGAGACGCUGGACCGGCGGCACUGCUCGCUGCAGGCCGUGCCCGACGACGUCUACCGCUACAGCCGCUCCCUCGAGGAGCUCCUGCUCGACGCCAACCAGCUGCGGGAGCUGCCCAAGGUGCCGGGGGCGGGCGGGCGGGAGGGAGGGGUCCGGGGGAGUCGGGCGAGGGAGGCCAGGCGCCUCCCAGGGGGUCAGCCCCGAGAAGAGACCCUGCGGGGAGGAGCCGGGCCUCCAAUGUCGCCUCGCCCCCUGCAAUGCAGGAAUCCUGCCUGCCCAGCAAGGAGAGGGCGAGGGCCAAGGCCACCUGCUGGGGAUGCUUCAGCUGUGACUCCUGCGUUGCAGAGGGCUGGACUGGAUGACCCUGGGGGGCCCUUUUGACACAUGUGGCCCGGCUAAGUCUCUUUGGUCCGGCACUCUGUCCUUCAGCCUGCACCCAGGACCCCCCAGAGCUGCCCUUCUCCUCUGCCUGUAGCGCAACUAUACGCCAUCUAUGCGAGUGCUGGACUCAUUUAGAACCAUUAAGUGUGCAAGGCUCAGUGUGAAAUCCAAUGGGAAGCCGACAGGUGAGCUGUGCUCUCAAGGCAGCGCACAAGACCGGUGGAUGCUGCAAGGCGGAUGCCACAGCCAGACAAGCCUCUGGGUGAGCCCUUUGGCAAUGGUUGCUCCCAGUCAAGGUGAGCAGGUGCUGCUGCACCAUCUGAGGCCCCAGUGCAGCCUCUUGCCUUGGGCAGAGCUGAGCUGCAGCCUCCUUGCAGCAUGUGGAUGCCUUCAGGUGUUUCCGCUUCUGCCGCUUUCCAGUUGGGCCAGCGGUUCUUGAGCUCCCCCUACCAGCUGUGUUGAUGCAUUUGGGGUUGUUUUUUUAACCCUCCUCGCCUUUAGGGCACAGUUAAGGUUGGUAAUGACAUGUUAAAUGUAAUCAAGUGAAACUUGCAGCACUAAACACUCCCUCUGGAGCACACAGUGCUGUUGUCUGAAGCUUCCUUGUUCCCCUGACCCUGGCCUUGGUCUUCCAGUCCCUCUGGAAGGGGGAUGGGCUUGACUCUGGAGCUUGUGAGGCACUGAUGGCUUAUCUCUAGAUCAGUCCCAAAGGUGCAGGAGAGUGUAGAUCCCAGGGCAUUUAGUGACUCACAUCACUGCCAGAAGUCCAGCUAGUUGUUUCCCUCAGGAUGAGACUAAGGUUGUGGACCUUUCCUUGGUUUCCCCCAGGGCUUUGCUGUGGCUUUUGCUGGCUGUGGAAGCUGCAGAGCGGGGAGGGGAUUCCUUCUGUAAGUGCAAACCAAGCAGUUCUGGACACCAGUGAAGAGCAAACAGCAGAAUUGUCAGGAACUCUGGCUGGGACGGGUUGGUGCCCUCCUCCUUUGCCUCCUAGUGGUGUGGGUUGGAGAGCUGGACAUCUAGCUGAGCAAGCACCCACUAUCCUUUGAGACUUGAGUGGGGUGCCAUCAGUCCCCACCCCCAGCCCUGGCCAAAUCCCAGGGCUUCCCCGAAUUCCGAGGGAGGGAGGCAGGCAGGCAGGCAGGCAGGCACCAGCCCCUUGUGCAACUGUUCCACAGCUGCCGUGCUCCACCCCACACUGGCCAGGGUAGGGCUGGGCCCUGAGCUCUGUGUGCAUGUUGUGGAAUGGCAGCCAGAGUGUUUUUCCUGAGGCAUUUGAUAUGCAUUCUUUGGGGCCUGAGAAUGGAGGGUUAAAUAGCAGGAAAUCCGGCUAGCCUGCCUUGCGGGAGGAGGAGGCAGCGGCGGCUGCAGCAGCCAAGGAGCCAAAGGGGCUGCUGUUUGUGUGGGUUUGCUGUGGCGGCAGUGGCUGUUCUGGCGGCUGCUCAUUGCUUACCUGCCUGCCUGUGAGGCAGUAGGGGGUCUUUUUCUGACCAGGCUGCUGCUGCGCUACUUUUACUUCCUACUCUAGCUGUGGCCUUUACUUCUGUUCUACUGAUGCUUGCCAUUCAGCCAGGUGGGUGUUAUGAGGACGGUGGAUUGGCAGCUUGGCAGGUCUGCUGCCUCUGGGCUUAGCCAUGCUUACCCUUAGUCCCACUCUUUCCAGGCACAGGCCCCUGCUUUAAGUUGUUGUUGUUGUUGAUGUUGUUGUUGUUGUUGUUAGCGCUCUUUCUAAGCACCCCCCCUCUUUAGCCCUGGAGCUUUUCCCGCAAAACACAACACUUUAGCCCUCAAGUGUCCUUUGGACAUUCCCAUGCGUUCCUGGGAAGAGCAGAGGAAAGGUGUGUGUGGAUAGAAAGGGCCUGGCUGGCUUCCUCAGUCUCCUCGGCUGCGCCUUGUGUAGGAUAUGCUCCCCUUAGGCAGAGGGGGAGAGAAGCGGGGCCCGCUGGAGGCCACCAAGGCCAGGAGAGCUUCAUGUUGCCCCCCCCCAUUGUUCUCAGAGCUAAUGCAGGAGGAGGCAGCCCUGCUCUGCGAGAGCCAUUCCCUGUGCUGGGACUGCCCCUCUCUCUGAGCUGAUUGCAAGCCCUCUACCCCUUGCAAGAAUUGCUCUGCCCUCCCUGGUGCUGGAAGUCAGCUUGGCUCCCUCUCCUGGCACAGCCGCCCCUGCCUUGGAGGGGGGGGGGUGGGAAGCUGUUUGGUCUGGGGAAGUUUUCCUUGAGCAGAGCAGGAGAGGCCUUGCUCAGGGACCCUGUCGCCCCCUGCAAGACCCCUCCUGCCCCGCUUCCUCCAGGAGCUGGGUGAGGCCCUGCACAGUGCUUCCCAGGCCCCGAUAUGGGGCGAGGGGGAGGAGAGGCAGUCCUGAGCGGACAGACAAAGCCACUCUUAUUCUUGACCCGCGGGGGGGGGGGGGGCGUCUGCUGCACUUGGGGACCGAGGGGCGGGGAUGGCUAUUGUGAUGCUUGAAUACCCCCUCAUCACUGAGCAUAGGGGAGAGGGGCUGGCUCUCUGGGAGCUGCCAUCUUGGGAAGCAGGGGGAGGGGCACAGGGUGUCCUGGGGGGGGGGGGGCGUGAGGAUGGUGGUGCCUCGGGUGCUCACUGCUAAUCCUGGCUAGCCAUUCACAGCCACCUCCUCCUGCCGGGGGCUUUGUCUGCUGCUGCUGAGAAGCUGCCUCCUGGCUCUGAUCCUUUUAUCCUCCAGCCAUUCCUCCUUUUCAUUUCCAACCCUCUGAUGAUGUGGUUGAGUGGCUGCCGGGGUGGCGGCCUCAAAAUGUGUUGGGAGCAGGUAUUGCCUGGGCCUCCCUGGCCUGGGUGAUGGUGCUGCCAUUCAGAGCGGAGGACCAGGGUGGGCUGGAGGUGGGGAGUGCGGGGGGGGGGGGAGCUUUGUUCUGCUGCAAGGCUUGGGCCGGGUGCUCCAGGCAGUGCUUGGGGCUUCUCCUGGGAAGAAGAUUUUCUCCAGAUUUUGCCCUCGGAAAGCCGUGGUCCAUUUUCAGUCCCUCUGAGGUUCGAAGAGGGCAAGGGACCUUGUCUCAAGCAUCUGUGUUUGUGUGGGGUACAUUGAAUUUGUCCCCACCCCAGAAACCAACCCAUUCAGAAGACCCUUCCUGAAGCUUUCAUGCUGAGCCCCCCUCCCCCACCACACGCCACCUGGCACUUUCUCCUCUGCAGCCUCAUCUGCCCCUCUGGCACUUCCCUGCCUGAUCCUCCUGCCCGUUCUCCUUUUGCUGGGCGUCUUCCCCUGGGGGUGUACUGGCUGCGCCAGUUGCCCGUGGCUCAGUGGAGGGGCCGCUGGGCAGGGUGGGGGGAGCAGGGCCAACGGCAGUCCAUGGGGGGGGGGGACGGUGGCACUCAAGCUCUGCUUGCAAGCUUUCCUUUGGCCUCGGCUGGAAGCAGGACGGUGCUUGGGGCAGCCUCUCCAUGGAGCCCAGUUCCUUGCCCCUGGAAAGAGCCCUGCGAGUCCAUGUGAGGUGCCAGGCAUGGUGGGAGGUUGUGAUCAUGAGCAUCAGAGUUGUCUUGGGAGGAGAUGGGCACCUGACCCCAUUCAAGGCUGCACUGGUUUCCCUUGACAUCCUUUGCCGAAGGCGCCAGGGGCAGUGCUGGGGGCGCUGGUGGUACUGAGCUGCCGCCUUGCCUAGAGGAACUUAUGGCUUUUUUUACUCAGAACAGGAAGGCAGCACUGACACACCGUUCUGGGGGGAAGCCCCUGCGGGUGGCUCUCAGGUCAUGGGAUGUAGCUGCCCCCCAUGCCAGGUGCCUGUGGGCAGCAGGCAGCCCUGAAACAGUGACCCUGGCUUUUAAAUCUUAAGGUGCUCCACAGUCUGUGCCGGGGGGGGGGGGCAGAAGAAGUUGCUGGUGCCUCAUCCUGACCCACUUUGCCACCUCCCAUCCAGUCUUGCCUUUGCAGCAGAGGGCCGUCUUGUUUCUCAACACAAACAACUUGGAGCACACGUGUUGUGCUGUUUGUAUGUUGCUCUUUGAAAAAGAGAGGGGAGUUUCCCCUCUUUAUUCCCACCCUCUUGUUUGUGAAAUGCCCUGGCUUUGAGGGUUCAGGUCUUUUAGGGGCAGAUUCUGGCCGCAGGCUGGAGCUGGUGGAGGUGCUGAAGGGGCACUGUGCCCCCUCCUGGCUUCCAAGGGCUGGUCCAUCUCAGCUUGGGUGGGUGAGGGCCCUCCUUUCCUUGCAUUUUGCUCUGUGUGGCAGGCAGCCCAUUGCCAUCCUUCAGAAGCAGUUAGAAACUCAGAUAUACCGUAUUUUUCGUCCCAUAGGACGCACCUAGUUUUUUGGGGGGGGGAAAUAAAGGAAAAAAUAUUUUCCUUUAUUUCCCCCCCCAAAACCAGGUCGGGGAAACCGAACCAGGUCGAAGAACAGCGGGAUGGCAGCGCUGCGCCUCCUUGCUGUCCCCCGAGCUUGGGCUGGCCGAUGUCUGUCCAGUGGGCGGGGCACUCUGCUUCAGGGCGCUCCUUGCGCCGGGCGGCAGGCUGCUAUCCACAGCGUAGGGAGCCCUGCGGGAAUUCCCGCAGGGCUGCCUAGGCUGCGGAUGUGUUCCUGAAGCCUGGAGAGCGAGAGGGGUUGGUGCGCACCGAUCCCUCUCGCUCUCCAAGCUUCAGCGAAAGCCUGCAUUCGCCCCAUAGGACGCACCCAGAUUUCCCCUUCAUUUUUGGAAGGGAAAAAUUCCGUCCUAUAGGGCGAAAAAUACGGUAUAAACCAAUUGCCAAAUGGCACCUUAAAGCUAGGUUCUAGUCGCUGCAAUGAAAUGUCUAGGCGUCUUUUUUUGCACUGUACUUUAUUAUUACACUGUGGGACGAGGUGGCGCUGUGGGUAAAACCUCAGCGCCUAGGACUUGCUGAUCGCAUGGUCAGCGGUUCGAAUCCCCGCGGCGGGGUGCGCUCCCGUCGCUCGGUCCCAGCGCCUGCCAACCUAGCAGUUCGAAAGCACCCCCGGGUGCAAGUAGAUAAUUAGGGACCGCUUACCAGCGGGAAGGUAAACGGCGUUUCCGUGUGCUGCGCUGGCUCACCAGAUGCAGCUUGUCACGCUGGCCACGUGACCCGGAAGUGUCUGCGGACAGCGCUGGCUCCCGCCUCUAGAGUGAGAUGAGCACACAACCCUAGAGUCUGUCAAGACUGGCCCGUACGGGCAGGGGUACCUUUACCUUUACCUUUUUUAUUAUUACAAGGGAAUCUCUCCUUAUUGGGGGGGGGUUCGAUUCCUGACUGCCGCUUGCAUCACUGAGAGGUGUGUGAAUUCCUCCCCCCUCUCUUUCGGUGCCCAAAACGGGGUGUGUGUCAGCAGGAGCAUGUGUGCUGAUUGCGUGCAAGAGGGAAGAUGCCUGUAUUCCUUUCAGUUCUAUACUGCUUUGUAUUUUAAAUAAAAAAAUCUCAAAGCAGUUUACAACACAUUCAAACAUCCAAUAAAACAAUCCUAGCUCCAAGGAACAUACAGUAUUUCAGAUCCUUCUCUAAGUGACAUUUUGCUUUCCCCGUAUUUCUUUAGCUCCUUAAUUUAUCGAGCUACCCCAUAGCAGAAGUACUCUAGGAAGCCAGUGUGCUGUAGUGGUUAGUGUGUUGGGCCAGGACCUGGGAGAUCAGGGUUCAAGUCCCGACCCAGUCAUGAAUCUCACCAGGUGACCUUGGAGUCUGUCGCAGCAUCUGAACCUCCCUCCCAGGGUCAUGGCAGGGAUGAACUGAGGAGGGGGUGAACUAUGUGCUACUUUGAGACAAAGGUGGGAUAUCAAUGCGACAAUGAAGCUCUUCUGCUUACCUACUUAAGAAAGCUGUAGGGGCAGCCAGAUGGAGAUGUUGGUCACCAGCCUGGCACCCAGAGAUCCCCACAUGGUCGCAAUUGGACACAUGCCAGUUGCAAAACGUGCUUGGUGCCAGUCUGGAUUUUGGACCUCUGGAUGUUCAGGGACACCUUAAUCUGGUUUGACUGGUACAAAUCUUCUGCGCUGCCAAUUCUCUCCUUUUAGACCAGUCUUCUGAAGGAGCAUCUCCACCCCGAUUGUUCAGCCUGGACACAGAGGUCCAGCUCUGAGGGCCUUUUGGAGAUUCCCUCACUGUGAGAAGUGAGGUUAGAGGGAACCAGGCGGAGGGCCUUCUCGGUCGUGGCGCCCUCCCUGUGGAACGCUCUCCCAUCAGAUGUCAAGGAAAUAAACAACUACCUGACAUUUAGAAAACAUUUCUGUCUGUGGGACAGAAAACAGGUUCACUUCUCCACCUGUUGCAGAGCGCAGGCUGCCUUUUGCCUUUCUUAAGAAGGUGAAAUUCUGGUUCAGUGAGGGAAAGCUGGGUGGAGUCUGUCACCAGGGGGCUGGCUGUAGGAGGAGGCUGUUUGCUGGAGGGAAGGAGGGAAAGCAGCCCGGGAGUGAGCCCUGGGCUCUGGUCUGCCCCUGGGCAAGCAGGACAGGCAGAGAGGAGCUCCAAGGGGCAGAGGGGAUGGUCAGGGCAGAGGCAGGACCAUUCCAGAGCAGCCCAGCUGAAGGAGGAAGGGCAGCAAGGUGAUCGCUGUUGUCUGGAGUCUCCUUGCGCUUGGGUUGAUCUUGAACACGUCCUUUGCAAGUGCCAGGCAGCCGGCUUGGAAGCAGCUGGGUGCAUUGGGCGGGGUAACUUCAGACGUGGUCACAGGGAAGGUGAGCAGCUGACUUUCCACAGCCUGCUCAGAUCUACCUGGCAUGAGGCAGAAUAUCUGGAUCCACAUUAAUCUGCCUUCAGGCAACUUUUUUGGUAGAAGUCACUUCCUUGCAUCAGUUGAUGGUCUCUAUUUAUUUGCAUACUGCUUGGCUAUCAAUAAAGAUAGACGGGUUGUGGAUCAGACCGCAGGUUUUUCUCGCAGUGACCAGCCAGGUGCUUCCUUGGAUGACCCCAUAGAGUUCUAGUACAUGGGUAGGCAAGCUAAGGCCCAGGGGCCAGAUCUGGCCCAAUCGCCUUCUAAAUCCGGCCCGCGGACAGUCCAGUAGAAUGUGUCCUUUUAUUUAAAAUGCAUUUCUGGGUUAUUUGUGGGGCAUAGGAAUUCGUUCAUCCCCCCCCCCAUAUAGUCUGGCCCCCAACAAAGUCUGAGGGACAUUGGACCAGCCCCCUGCUGAAAAAUUUUGCUGACCCCUGUUCUAGUAUCACGAGAGAAAGGGAGAGCCAGUUUCCGCUCACUGUGCAAAAUUUUGUAACUGAUAUUCUGGCUCUUUCUGUGGCUGAGCCUGGAUUUGCAGUGGUUCCACUCCUACCUGCCCGGCAGGUUCCAGAAGGUGUUUCUGGGGACAGUCGCUCCGCCCCAACAAGAAUUGCCCCGGGAUGUGCCACUCCACCCUGCUGUGUGAAGGCCGGGGAGUCUGCCAGCAGUGCGGUGGGCGAGGGCCCUGAGACUGAAGCUCCUCCUGGAAAAGGCUGAGAUGGGGAUGCUGAGGGGACUUGUGACCCUGGAGCUCUGACUCCCCCUGACAAGAUGUAUUGGCAGCUUGGAUGCAUACAUUUUGUCAGGCUCCGCAUCCUGAUGUUGGGAUGCCUUCCAUGGCAAGGGACCCCUUUCUCCACUGCCCUUUCCUUAGCCGCAGCCGCAGAGCUGCCAGGUGCCUUACUUCAAGGUGCUCUAGGUGGCGCUGCCUUUGAGGAGUGUUUGGGGGCUGCAGGCAGGGCAGAGUGCCGCAGCCUACCUGCUCUCAGUCACUGGCUUGAGGGGAUGCAAGGAGCUGCUGGUCCCCGGCUCAGCCCCCUGCUGCAUACGGCCUUCCAAGGCUGCAAACUGCCUGGGCCCAGGUACUUUAUAGGAGCAACCCCCCCCAUGUGUGCUGCCACAAGGAGGACACCUAGUGAGGCUCCAGGGCAGUUUCUUCUGCAGCUGGUGGGCAGCUUCUCUUCGGGUGCCCUUGCUGUGGGACUUCUUUUCAAAGAAGGUUAGAAUUACAGAAUCGUAGCAUUGGAAGGGACCCUGAGGAUCAUCUAGUCCAACCCCCUUUAAUGCAGGAAUAUUCAACUGUCUCAUAUGGGGAUUGAACCUGCAACCUUGGCAUUAUUAGCACCACGUUGUAACCAGCUGAGUUGUCCAGGCUGACCAUCCAGGUUACUUGGGCCAAGGAAGGCCUGCCCUGUUAGAAUGUUUUUUAAAGGCUGGAGGUGACAGUUCUGAAAUCUGGUGAUGUACUGUACUUGUUUUGGGAUGUUUGUUAUUUAUUUAUUUAUUUAUUUAUUUAUUUUAUUUACUUUUAUUAUGACUUUUAAACUGCCAGUUUAUUUGGGAGCCAGUACGGCCGGAAAGCAUAAGGGCAGAAUUGUGGCUCCUUUGCCUGCGUCAGAGAGACCCUCUCAAAGGGGCUGGUUUCCUGGCCAGCCUGGUGGUCUCUCCAUCACCCCCAGUGGUUUGGUCUCCUCUGCAGACUUGACUGCAGUUCUGGCUGAUACUUAGCUUCAUCCUUUCAGGGCAGUAAGACAACCUUACCCCCCUCCCUCUCUGAUGGAAAAGGUAAUCGGCCUUACCUCUUCCAUUUCCGCUCCUGCCUCUGCAGUGUCCACUGGCUGUAUCCAAAGCCACAUCUCUCUUUAUAAAGCAGGCUUGCAAAUAAGCCCACACAUGUUACUGGCCUGAGAAGGGCAGGGAGAUAUGGCCAGCCUUAGCCUGCAGCAUGCUAGUGCAGGUAAAAAGUAAAGGUAAAGGUAAAGUCCAGUCAAAGAUGACCGUGGGUUGCUGCGCUCAUCUCGCUUUUCAGGCUGAGAGAGCUGGCGUUUGUCCACAGACAGCUUUCUGGGUCAUGUGGCCAGCAUGACUACACCGCUACUGGCGCAUGAAGGAUGAUGACGAGUGGUUUAGGCGACAGCGCCACCCUACUGAGGGCAGAUAGGGCAGGUCUAACCGCCCAUGCCUGUCCUGCGCCCCUUCUGAGUUAUUUCUCUUCCUUUGCUUGGCCCCCAAGCAGUGCCAGGGGGCUGAGUCUGGCCACAUUUUCGGUGGCAUUUUAUGGCCUGUCCCCCUCCUGGUCCUUGCAUGCAAUUCCUGUGGUUGCCAGGCUAGUGCUUAAAUGCAAGGCUGAAAAUGAGCCAGUAAAGAUUCCUACUGAGUAACAGUUUAAAACACAAAUAAAAGCAACUUAAUCCUCCACUUCACACUAAAAUACUCUUUUUGAUGAAAAUCACCACAUGCUUGUUCAGCGAGGCUGUUAAUGUCUGCUCCCAGUGAACUGACACUCAAACCUGGCAGGAUGUGAUUUGGAGGAUCAGAAAUGUCUCGGGUGCUCCUUCUCUCCUUAAUAGGAGACUUUCUGGUUUCCUCCAGUUACAGUUUGCCAGGAUGCCUUAACUGGAUCAAUCCUAGUUUGGAGGGAUCUCGCAAACCACACUUUAUGGGUUCAAAUAUCCCACGGACAACCUGGUUUGCACUUUCAUGGAAACAGGGACCUGGGGAGCAUUUCCACAUUGUGGUCUGGCGUGUGCGGCUUCUGCAUCUUGUGUGGGGAUUUGGCUUCUGUUGCUCAGUUUCCCCAGCGUGACUCCCAGCCUCCUGAUCCUCCUAGAACCAAGAGUGGUUGGGGUUGCUCCCUCUGCUGCUCGGGGCUUUCUUGUCCUCCCUCUGUUUUCGGCAAGACAUCUCUCUGGCUUUAUUUCAUUUUAGGUACCGUUGAUUUUAAUCAUCUUUUCAAUAUUUUAUACUAUUUCUAAUCCACAAUCUUGAUGUUGUAUUUUAUAUUUUAGUAAAAUGCUUAGAAGUUUUCUUACAAUCAAGCAUUAUGUGAGCUUUGUUCAAACUUUGAUUAUUAUCAGUAAUGUUAAACUGGGCUGGGCUGCAGGGGGCACAUGAGGCCCUGACUAUACGGCUUCUUUGCUGCCAUCCUUCCAGCUGUUUUCCUGGGUGGCCCAGUUCAAAAUGGUCUGUUUGGACCUUGAGCGCCCUUCUGUGGCAGACGGCUUCCUCCCGCUAUGUGAUCAAUCCCACCUGCGCGUUAAUGUGCUUCCUGGAAGCCCUGCUCUGUGUCCCGUCCCCCCCGCCAUGCCUGGGCAGAGCUCCCCCCCCCCACUGGGAUUUCAGCCCCAGGCAAAGGUGCUUCUAACCCAUUGAGCUUUGGCUGGUUUUAUUGGCAAGUGAUGGCUGCAGCUGCAGCUGCCUUUGAUCCUCAGAUGAGUCUCGGUGUUUUCUGGCAGGUUUUUAAAAAUGGUGCAUCAGAAUUCUUUUAGGACUAAAAGAAAGAGGUGUGCACUGUUUCCAAUUGGGGGAAAGUGAGGUGAUGCUCUUUGGGAUGGGCCUUGAAAUUGUGUUUGGCAAACCCACGUCUUUCCCCAAGGGUUGCGGGGCUCUUUCCAUCCAGUGCUGCCCAAAAGGAGUGUUUCUCCUGGGAGCUGCCUGGCUGGCAUCCCUCUCAUGGGAAAUGAUGCAGAGACCUCCUCUUCCUCAGGCUCCUCUUGCUGCUGCCUCCUUCCCUUCCCUUCAGGUUCUCCCUGAGAAGCCACUUGGCUGGCGGGGGGGGGGGGGGGAGGCGGUUCUCUAUUGGGCUGCUGCCAUCCUUACUCCCCGUAGCCAAGGCACACCUGUGCCUUCCCCAACGUCCUGUGUCCAUGACCCCAGAUCUGGUCUGGAGGGAAGCUUGUCUGCCAGGCUUGCCCCAGAGGCAGGCACUGAGGUGGGCUUGCCCUUUCUGGCAGAGCGGCUAACUUCUCUCCUUUUUCUCCCCCCGCAGCCUUUCUUCCGACUCCUGAACCUGCGCAAGCUUGGGCUGAGCGACAAUGAGAUUCAGCGCCUUCCCCCCGAGGUGGCCAACUUUAUGCAGCUUGUGGAGCUGGACAUCUCCCGCAAUGGUGGGUAGAUGCUGGGGAGGGGGGAGGCAGACAGGCCUCUUGGACUGGGCAUUCCCUGCAGUGGGAGCCUGAGCCCUCCACUCCGCGAGGGGCACAGGACCCGCUUUGCCUGCAGAAGGGCCCCACGCUGCCCCCGCUGGCAGGAGGUCUUUUGCUGGAGAGCGACCUGCCCGUCAGUCAGGGAGCACCUGCAGGGGGACGGCUGCUGCUUCCUGUGUUGACGGCUGGGGGCUGAGCACAGGGCUGCAGGCCAGGCUCUGCUGCCAUGACCCAGAGACAGGGCCCCAGAGGGUAGUGGUCUGGGCUCAAGCAGCAACCAGCUCAGCUGGCAGCUGUCUGUGGGUGCUUCACGACGGCCUUUGCUGUGGAAGCUUCCUUCAGCCUGGCCAGGCUUGCCUGCCGUUCCAGCAGCAGUGGCUCUUGAGAAGGCCCCCCUUCCCUCCUCCAAGCACCUGGAGGCAGGGAAGUGAGGCUGGCCCAUCUGGAUCCUCACAGCACACUCCCUUGGAGUAACUCAUUGAGUUGAGUGGGGAUUUGAACCCAGGUCUUCUCAGGGAGGCUCUUCGAAGACCUGUCAGUGGGGAGGGAAUGGCUUUGCUGCUCUGAAUCCCUUGAGGAGUGGCACCUUUGUGGGUGAAGCCUCAUUACUGUGCCCCUUCUGUGCCCCGCUUGCUGCAGACAUUCCAGAAAUUCCUGAAAGCAUCAAAUUCUGCAAAUCCCUGGAGAUCGCGGACUUCAGUGGAAACCCCUUGUCUAGGUAUGGUGGGAGUGGGAAGGUGGGGUGGGGGCUCUGGUGUCCUUCCUGGUCCAAGGCUCUGUUGGUCUGGCUGGGUCUUGGGGGGAUUCAGAAAGUGCUCCUUGAAGGCAGGCAGACAACUGGAUCAAAAGGAGGAUGGGGGGCCAGUCCUGUCUUUUGCAGAGAGGUCUUCCUGGUUCAACAAUCCUCUCCGCUGAAAGGAAAGGCGAAAGGUUGCAGCACUUGGGACCUUUGAGUUUAGAAAAAAGGCAAGUCAGAGGUGACAUGAUAGAAGUUUAUAAAAUUACGCUUGGACUUCUGUCACAACAGAAGUCCCUAAAAAACAAAAUAAUUUAUUAUUCUAUGCCACCACUGUGGCUAAAAAAUUCACUGGUCCAAAGGUGGAGAACGAGUACAGUACCCACUAAGGAAGAGUGGCAGUUAAAAGCUUGACUAUUUAGAAUUGGCAGGUAUAAUGAGUAGGAUAAGAGAAAAGGAUGGUGAAGAAUAUAAGGAGGGUUGAAAAAUGUUUAUUGAAUAUUUUAAGAGCCGGUAUUAACAGGUAAAUAACAUAGCAGGUCUUGAGUAAAUCCAGCAGAAUAGAAAUUAACAGAGGAAGAAAUGUGAUGAUUAAAAAUUUGGAAUAUGCGAUUUAGUAGAAAAGUAAAGAAACCAGGAAAAGGGUGGAAGGGAAGUCACUCGGUAUUUAGUUGUAUGUCGUGGUUGGUAUGAAAGUUGUAUGAUUGGGGGAUGGGUGGGCUUUUUUCUGUGUUAAACACGCAAUUACAUUUUUUAAAAUAUGGGAAAAAAUAUAUAGCAUUAAGCUUGGAAUGGAGAAAAUUGAGAGAUUAAAGUUUUCUCCCUCUCUUGUAAUACUGGGACUUAUGGGCAUCCAGUGAAGCUGAAUGUUGGGCAGAUAAAGGAAAGGAAAGGGGAUUCUUCACAGAGCACAGAGUUAAACUGUGGAACUCCCUCACUCAGCAGGCCACCAGUUUGGAUUGGACAAAUUCAUGGAGGAGGAAAGGGCUCUCAGUGGCUGCUGGGCACAGAAGCUCUGCUCCACCUCCCAGUUGGAGCUCACAAUGUGCCUUUAUGCCAGCUGCUGGCAAGAGGGCUCUGGGCUGGAAUCCUGCUUGUUGGUUUCCCAUUGAGGCAUCUGGUUAGCCACUGUGAGAACAGAAUGCUGGAUUAGAUGGGCCCCUUUGGCCUGAUCCAGUAGAAUUUCAUAGCUGCCCUUGCUGGAGGGUCUCCUGACACGGAAUGCGCUGCACGUGGCGGAGGCAGCAGUGGAACUUGGCCCCAAAGGCUGAUCUCUAUCCUGUGGUCGCUGAGUAUCCCAGGGUCCUUCUGGUCCCUUUCCCCUGUCAAGGUGGGGCUCUCUUGCUUCUGGAGCUCCCACCUGCCAGGCUGUGCCAGCCGGUUCCCCAGGACCAGCAGCAGGCAGGUGGAGGCCUCUCCUUGCGUCUUGCUGGAAUGGACUGUGGCGCAGGAGCAGGCUGGGGGGGGGGGGGCGCGAGCUGCAUGGGGCGCAGUGACCAAGGCCUGUCAUUUCUGCUUCUGCCCAGGCUCCCGGAGGGCUUCACCCAGCUGCGCAGCCUGUGCCACCUGGCCUUGAACGAUGUCUCCCUGCAAAGCCUGCCCAGUGACAUUGGCAAGUGAGUUCUUGGCUGGGGGGGGGGGAGAGGAGGGGCCGCCUCUUCCCGCCUGCUUUGCCAACCUCCCUCUUUCUCUUGCAGUUUAGCCAACCUGGUGACCUUGGAGCUGCGCGAGAACCUGCUCAAGUCUCUCCCUGCGUGAGUGUGUGCAAGCUUGGCCCCCAGUUUGCCUUGGGGGGUGUCUGCCUUCUUGCCUGCCUCUGCUGGGCAGUGGGGGUGGGUGACCCCCUUAAGUGGAGGACCAGCACUUCUGGAAGCGGGCAGCCUGAGGAUCGCUCGGCACUCCAGCUUUCAGCACCUUCUUGGAGUUUUUUUUGGGGGGGGGGCGUAGAUUCUUUGCCGCCCCUCCCUCUUGGUGCCCAGGACUCCCAGCCCCCUGACUGAACGCCUUCUCUGCCUUGCAGUUCCCUCUCCUUCCUGGUCAAAUUAGAGCAACUGGACCUUGGGGGCAACGACCUGGAGGUCCUGGUGAGUGCUGUGGGGUGUGGGAACUUGGGUCUCCCCUUCUUCCCUCCCACUGGGGGGCUGAAUGCUACCCUCCAGGCUGCUUUUGCCUGGUCCUCUGGGCUCUUCCAGGCCAUGCCCCUCCAUGCCACGCUCCAUUCCCUUCUCGAGUGCUCUUCCUUGGCUCCUUGCUUGGCUGGAGAGAGAUGGAUCUGGCAUUGCUGUGGCCUCUGGUAUGGGAGGAAGAGUCUCAUCUUUGGCUCGGCAGGCUUUUUCCUGUGGCCCCACCCACUAGUGGCACGUGGCCCCCAGAAGGUUGCCCAGGCGGGAACAUGGCCUUGGGAUGGGAGUUUCCCCUGCACCUGCACUCGGGACUGUAGAAGCACCCUGCUGUUCCCUCCUCAUCUCAUUUUCUUUUUGUGAACUGGCUGCCUCCUCCCACCAGACACUCCCCUCCCUCAACUCAGGGAGGGGCCCCCAAGUUGGAGGGCAGCCUCUUUGCCGGGCACAGCAGGGCGUCCUGAGCAGCCGCCCUCCUGAGUGACCGCUUGCUCUGUCUCAUCCGCAGCCGGACACACUGGGCGCGCUGCCGAAUCUGCGGGAGCUGUGGCUGGACAGGAACCAGCUGUCGUCGCUGCCCCCAGUGAGUGCCCCCACCAAGCCCCUGGCCGGGCCAUAUUCUGGGUUGGGGGGGUUGUCUUUGCUGUCCUAAAAGGCACUUGGAAAAGCAGGCAAGCAAGCAAGCCAACACUUCCGUUCUGAGGUGAAUCCUGAAAAUGGAAGCAGGACAGCAGGUGGAUGGCACCACACACAAAAGAACCUGGCGUUCUGCAAGUGACUCCAGCGCCUUGGCCCCCUGGCCUCAAGGAGGCUUUCCCUGCAUGUCUUGCCGUGGCAAGGAAGCCAGAACCACAGAAGUGGGAAAGAGGGUUUUCACGGGGCUUUGCUAGGCAAAGCAAAAGACAGGGAGGCAGCAGACAGGCUGGAGGAGCCUAGCUGGGCCCUUGGGGAGGGGGAGAGGAAGGGCCCCGCGGGGCAGGCAUCUAUCAGUCCUUGCAGGACUCCGCCGCCCACCCUGCCGGUCUUCCCUCGCAGGAGCUGGGCAAUCUGCGCCGCCUGGUGUGCCUGGAUGUUUCUGAGAACAAGCUGGAGCAGCUGCCGGGCGAGGUCAGUGGGCUGGUGGCCCUGACAGACCUGCUGCUCUCGCAGAACCUGCUGGAGUCCAUUCCGGAUGGGAUUGGUGAGUCGGGUGGUUGUGGGGCCACGGGGGGGGGGGAGGCCCCAUUGGGAAGUGGGCACCUCCUGGGGAACAUGGGAAGAGUUACCUACUCUUGGGUGGGGUGCUGUGGGGAGAGGGCAGACAAAUCUGACUCAGGAAACAAAAAGCAGCUCAGGCGCAGCAGGUUGCUUUUCUCUUUAAACCUGGCUGGCUACGCUUCUCAGUAGUUGAGGUAGCAGGAGGAACAUACCGUAUUUUCCCAUGUAUAAGAUGAUGCUUUUUGCUUAAAAAAAAUGUGGGCGAAAAUUGGGUGUUGUCUUAUACAUGGAUAGUGAAUGCAGAGGGGGGAUGUGCAAUUAAUGGCAGCAGCAAGCAGGAGAUUGGCAGUUGGGCAGGUGAUUGGCGGCUGCAGCAAGUGGGCAGGUGGGCUGUUGAUGGCAGCGAGCAGGCAGACAAUUGGCAGCUGCGGUGAGGUGUGCGAUUGGCAGUGGCUGUGGCAAGUGAUCGGCAGUGGCGGGCAGGCGGGUGAGCGAUUGGUGGAAGUGACCUCCCCCACCCCCCAAAAAAGUUAAGCAACUUAAUUUUGGGUUAAAAAAAAAAGGGGGUCGUCUUAUACACAGAAAAAUACGGUACCUGUCUUUGAGGCUCAGGAUUACACGUCUGGCAUGGGAGGCCACGUGCCAGGUGGUUAUUGGGUGGAUCCUGUGGACCUGGGGUUGGCAAGCCCCCCCACUGUGCUAGGCCCUGCCUGGAGGAGGCACCAUCCAGCAUUGAGACCACCCAAUGUUCUCCCUUUGCGUUGCACCCAGUGAUGUUGCUCAGCUGAUGAUUUGGCUCCCACCAAUGGAAUGACUGGGGAGUGGGGAGAGACAGUGCAGAGGAGACUAAAAGAGAAGCGGGGGGGGGGGGCUGCUCUUGCAGAAGAGUCACUGUCAGCAGAGAGACCCCUUUGGCAGACCAGCCUGGGUGAUCCUGCGUCCUCCUUCAGUACUCUGAGACUUCCUCAGGGGGCCUUUUCUCCUCAUCUGCUGGAGAGACGCUGCCCUCCCCAGGCACUGCUGGGCCUCCCCUGGUUUCUAACUCGUGCAAAAGGUGUCGGGUUCUCUCUUUGGCAAGCAGCACACCGCGUCACUUUUGCUAAAGCUGUUAGAAGUGAUUAGCUGUUAGCAAAUGUUAGAAUAACCAGUUGGUAUGCAGAAUUGUUUGGGAUGUGCCAGUGGGAAGCUGGAUUUGGAUCUGUGCCUGGACCUCCCCCUGCUCCUUGUCUGGGGUGUGUGUGUGUGUGUGUGUGUGUGGCCCAUGGCGCUCUUGCCCUUUGCCCAGGCCAGCUGAAGCAGCUCUCCAUCCUGAAAGUGGACCAGAACCGGCUGGGGGAGGUGACGGAGGCCAUUGGGGACUGUGAAAACCUCUCAGAGCUCAUCCUGACAGAGAACAUGCUGACGGUGAGUGUGCUCAGCCCUCGCCUGGUCCACUGGCUUUUCUCCCUGGGGUCUUGGCCGGGGGUGGCCCCAGGGGCAGCUGGUGUUCCUUGGGUGCCAUGUGAGCUGGGAUUCCCCUCUCUGACUCCGGAGGCUUUUUCUCAGGUGCUGCCCAAGGCGCUGGGGAAGCUCACCAAGCUGACCAACCUGAAUGUGGACCGGAACCGGCUGAUGGCGCUUCCCCCCGAGAUUGGGGGCUGCAGCAGCCUCAGCGUGCUCUCCCUGCGGGACAACUGCCUGGAGUUCCUGCCUCCUGAGCUGGCCGGCACCGUGGAGCUGCACGUGCUGGACGUGGCUGGCAACAGGUGAGCGAGUGCGCUGGGUGUGCUGGGCCUCUGGGCUCUCAGCUGCGCCUCGGUGCCUUGGGCUGGGACAGAGAGGAAGCUCUGCAGCUCUGUGGCCAGGCCUGGGGGGAAGCAGGCCCCGGGGGGAGCAGGCCCUUGAGGCCUCGGCUGCAUCACCAUCACCCUCAGCAUCAUCCCUGACGGGCCAUGCUGGGGGCAGGAGACCCACAGCGUCUGGGGCCUCCCCUCACCCCCCGGAAUGUUCCCUACUCCUGCUAUAGGGGGAAAGAGAUUUUAAGUGUCCAGAACUUCCAUUCCUUCAGCCUGUUCCCUUGUGAAUAACCUUGCAUGCCCUCUCCUCUCCCUCUGCCCCACCUACCAGUGGGCUCAGGGGGCUGGGGCAAGAGGGGCAGCAGCGCUUGUGCUGCACAAAUGCUGGUCCCAGAGCCCCACUGAAUUCCACCCACAAUUUCCACCCCAUCUCUCACCUACAAUACAAAGAUCGGUCAUAAAGUAUUAUCAGAACUCAAAGGCCAGGGCAAAUGGAAAACUUUGCCAGGUGCCAGAAAGGCGAUAAGCAGGCAUGCCUCACUGACGAAACAGCUGCACAAGUUGGGUCCCACAGCCUCAGAGUCCCCCCUCCCCUCUUGGCAGGGGGGGCACCCUGAAGGUGUGCAGAGAGAUGUCUCUUUGGGGCCUCUGCUCUGGGGUUUGCUUCACCUGUGGGCUCCUUGGCCAGAUGCUAGCUGGACUCUGCAGUUGCACAGGAGGAGGUGCGAGCAGAGUCAAUGGCCAUGCAGAAGAUCCUCUCUUCCUCUCCCGUGUGUGUGUGUGUGUGUGUGGCGGAGGGCUGUUUUUCUCUUGUCCUGAUUCUGCUUUUGCUGGUCUUGGCAAGUACUGAGCAGUCUCCCAGAAGUCCCAUUUUGCCUUUCAAGAACUCACCAGCCAGACCUUUUCUUUUUCUUUUUAUAAGAUAUUUAUUGAGAUUUUCCAAACAUUACAAUAUAAAAAUGACAAAAAAGAAAAAAAAGAAAGAAAAAUACAAAAUACAAAAUAAAAAUGAUAAAAAACCACUCAAUUUUUCCAUUACUUAUUUUUCCUUAGCUUGUUUCUCGGACCUCCUCAUACCUCCCUUUUUUGUAUUCCAGUUCAAUUUGUUGGUUCAGCAAAUCCUUACCCUCUUUGUUUAUCCUAAUCUUUGGUCUUAAAAUAGUAACAUUAGAUUUUUACCUAUUAACAACCCAUUUUUCAUAUUCCCUUAAAGCAUUACAGCUGGAAGCCACUUAAUUUCUAUCCAACAUCAUUCUAACAUUCAUUAAUUUUACAAUAUUUCUGUAGGUAGUCUUUGAAUUUCUUCCAAUCUUCUUCCACCGACUCUUCUCCCUGGUCUCGGAUUCUGCCAGUCAUUUCCGCCAAUUCCAUAUAGUCCAUCAGCUUCAUCUGCCAUUCUUCCAGAGUGGGUAGAUCUUGUGUCUUCCAAUACUUUGCAAUGAGUAUUCUUGCUGCUGUUGUGGCGUACAUAAAAAAAGUUCUGUCCUUCUUUAGCACCAAUUGGCCGACUAUGCCUAGGAGAAAGGCCUCUGGUUUCUUCAAGAAGGUAUAUUUAAAUACCUUUUUCAAUUCAUUAUGUAUCAUCUCCCAGAAAGCCUUAAUCCUUCGGCACGUCCACCAAAGGUGAAAAAAUGUACCUUCAGUUUCUUUACAUUUCCAGCAUUUAUUAUCAGGCAAAUGAUAAAUUUUUGCAAGCUUGACUGUCAUGUACCACCUGUAUAUCAUUUUCAUAAUAUUCUCUCUUAGGGCAUUACAUGCCGUAAACUUCAUACCUGUGGUCCAUAACUGUUCCCAGUCAGCCAUCAUUAUGUUAUGUCCAACAUCUUGUGCCCAUUUAAUCAUAGCAGGUUUCACCGUUUCAUCCUGAGUAUUCCAUUUCAACAGCAAGUUAUACAUUUUUGACAAAAUCUUAGUUUUGGGUUCUAACAGUUCUGUUUCUAAUUUUGAUUUUUCCACCUGGAAGCCAAUUUUCUUGUCCAAAUUGUAUGCCUCCAUUAUCUGGUAAUAAUGAAGCCAGUCUCGCACUUUGUUUUUUAAUUUCUCAAAACUCUGCAAUUUCUUUUUUUUUUUUAAUAAUUUUUAUUAAAGUUUCAAUAAAAAGUUGAACAGAAAAAACAUAAAAAAGAAAUACACAAAUACGCAAUACAAAUUCCAAAAAAAGAAAACAAAAACAAACAACAACAACAACAAAAAAGAAACAGAACAAUUAAAAACAAUAUCACUUUUUCAUUUCCCUUUUUUAAAUUUACUUAUUUUCUGGACUUCCUCAUACCUCCCUCUUUUGUAUUCCAGUCCAAAUUGUUCCUCCAGCAAUUUCUUUUCCACCUUUUUAACCCCAAUCUUUAUUCUUAGUGUAAUAUAGCAUAAAAAAUUUACCUCUUAAGUACCAAAUUUCCCUUUCCUUUAACUUAUUUACUCCUAAUCUUUAAUCUUGAUGUAAUAUAGCAUUAAAAUUUUACCUCUUAAGUACCAAAUUUCCAUUUCCUUAAACUUCUUUAAUCCUGAUCUUUAAUCUUAGUCUGUCUUAUAAUUUUAUCCUGUACAGCUGGAAACCACUUAUUUUCAAUCCAACAUCACUCUAACAUUCCUUAAUUUUGCAAUAUUUCUGUAAGUAGUCUUUGAAUUUUUUCCAAUCUUCUUCCAUCGCCUCUUCUCCCUGGUCACGGAUUCUGCCAGUCAUUUGCGCCAGUUCCAUAUAGUCCAUCAGUUUCAUCUGCCAUUCCUCCAGCGUGGGAAGUUCUUGUGUCUUCCAAUACUUUGCGAUAAGUAUUCUUGCUGCUGUUGUUGCAUACAUAAAGAAAGUUCUAUCCUUUUUUAACACCAUUUGGCCGACUAUGCCCAGGAGAAAGGCCUCUGGUUUCUUAGGGAACGUAUAUUUAAAUACCUUUUUAAUUCAUUAUAUAUCAUUUCCCAGAAAGCCUUAAUCUUUGGGCACGUCCACCAAAGGUGAAAAAUGUACCUUCAGUUUCUUUACAUUUCCAACAUUUAUUAUCGGGCAAGUGAUAGAUUUUUGCAAGCUUGACUGGGGUUAUGUACCACCUGUAUAUCAUUUUCAUAAUAUUCUCUCUUAAGGCAUUACAUGCCGUAAAUUUCAUACCUGUGGUCCACAACUGUUCCCAGUCAGCAAACAUAAUGUCUAUCUCCAUCUUGUUCCAGAAUUUCCCAAUAUUUCGGCCAUUUGGCCUCCAUAUUGAGCUUUUUCAGAGCUUUUGCUUCCAUCGGUGACAACCACCUUGGGGUUUUAUUUUCCAAUAAGUCCUUGUAUCUUAUCCAGACAUUAAACAAUGCUUUCCUGACAAUAUGGUUUUUAAAUGCUUUAUGUGCUUUGACCUUAUCAUACCACAGAUAUGCAUGCCAUCCAAAUACAUUGUUAAAACCUUCUAGAUCCAAAAUGUCAGUGUUUUCAAGAAGCAACCAUUCUUUCAACCAGCAAAAAGCUGCUGAUUCAUAGUAAAGUUUAAAGUCUGGCAGGGCAAAUCCACCUCUUUCCUUUGCAUCUGUUAAUAUUUUAAAUUUUAUUCUAGGCUUCUUGCCCUGCCAGACAAAUCUGGAAAUAUCUCUCUGCCACCUCUUGAAACAGUCCAUUUUGUCCACAAUUUGCAAUGUUCGAAACAAAAACAACAUUCUAGGCAAUACAUUCAUUUUUACCGCAGCAAUACGGCCCAGCAGUGAAAGCUUCAAAUUUGACCAAAUUUCUAAAUCUUUUUUCACUUCAGCCCAGCAUUUUUCAUAAUUGUCUUUAAAUAAAUUCCCAUUUUUUGCUGUCAUGUUAAUCCCCAAGUAUUUAACUUUCUUAACCACUGUUAAACCUGUUUCAUUCUGAAACCUCUCUCUCUCCAUUGGUGUUAAAUUUUUCUCUAGAAUCUUGGUCUUUAACUUAUUCAGUUUAAAUCCUGCAACUUGACCAAAUUCUUGAAUCAGUUCUAAAACUCUUUUAGUACUAGAUUCUGGCUCCUGUAACGUCAAUACUAAGUCAUCUGCAAAUGCUCUCAAUUUGUACUGUUUGGCUCCGACCUGUAUACCUUUAACCAACUGGUCCCUUCUAAUCAUAUUCAGCAGAACCUCCAGGACCGAUAUAAAAAGCAAUGGGGAGAUUGGGCAACCUUGUCUUGUCCCUUUUUCUAUCCUAAAUUCUUCCGUCACCACAUUAUUUACUAUUAGUUUAGCCUUUUGUUCUGAAUAAAUUGCACUUAUACCGUUUUCAAAGCCUUGGCCUACCCCCAUCCCCUGUAGGGUCUUCUUCAUAAAACUCCAAGAGAUAUUAUCAAAAGCUUUCUCCGCGUCCACGAAUAUCAAAACUGCUUUAGUAUUUAUGUUCACUUCUAGUUUUUCCAAAAUAUCAAUUAUAUUCCUCAAAUUAUCGGACGAGUGUCUUCCCGGGAGAAAGCCCGCUUGGUCAUUAUGAAUCUCUUCCAUCAAUACUUUUUUCAAUCUCUUGGCCAAAAUGUCUGCAAAAAUUUUGUAAUCCACAUUAAGUAAUGAUAUGGGGCGGUAGUUCUUAAGCUGAGUCAGACCUUUUCAUUUUUAUUUUUUUUAAAUGAUAUUUAUUGGAGUUUCACAUGAAAAAAAAAUCUUAAUAAAGGGGAAAAAAAUUUAAAAAUAGAAAGAAAAAACACCAUACAAAGUACGAAAUACAAAAUAGGAAAAGAAAAAAAGAAAAAACAGUUAAAAACAAUUCCGUCUUUUCACACAACUUUUACAUUUACUUAUUUACUCCUCAUACCUCCCUCUUUUGUAUUCCAGUUCAAUUUGUUUGUCCAGUAAUUCCUUUCCCUCCUUUUUAAUCCCAUCCUUAAUCUUACUAUAAUAUAACAUUAAAUUUUAAUCUAUUAAAAACCAAUUUUCCAAUAACUUUAAAGCCUGUACAGCUAGAAGCCACUUAAUUUCAAUCCAACAUCACUCUAACAUUCUUUAAUUUUGCAAUAUUUCUGUAAAUAGUCUUUAAAUAGACCUUUUCAAUUCACUGUGCCAUUGCUCAAGAGCUCAAAUGUGAAAUUGCUGGUUUGCUAAUGGUAAAAAGGAACUUGGCCCUCAGAUCAGCCUCCACACAUGAGGGCUGGAAAGUAGCCAGUGUAGCAACACCUCUUGGGGGGGGGGGGUUAAGGAAAAAAGAGGGGCUCUGGGGUAUUACAGAUUGGUUAGCCUAACAUAUCUGCCAGGAAUACUGGUGGAAAUGUACUGGAUAUAAUCCUUCAAUGUAUAGAAAAUCAGUUCUUCUGGAAGCAGAGUCAGGAAGGCUUCUUUCUGUAAAGUUAAGUCUCCUCUCACUAACCUCCCUUGAGAGUCUCAAGAAACGCAUGGAUAGUCAACAGUCUAGCCUUGUGUCUUGAAUCGUAUUUUACUGUGGUUGCUUUACUUUAAAGUGGUUGUUCUAUUUGUGAUGGUAGCGUUAGUUAGAAUUUUGUUUUAUUUUACUCAUUUAUUGAAUUUAUAUACCGCCCUAAAACCAAAGGUCUCAGAGCUGUUCACAGAAUAAAAUCACAAUAUAAAACCACAAAAUACAUAAUCAAAACAACAACAAACCAAUCCCUCCCCCCCCCACAAAACCCUCACAUUUUAAAAGGGCAUAGGAUGUCAAUCAAAUCAACCAAAGGCCUGGUUAAAAUGUAAUGUUUUUGCCUGGCGCCUGAAGGUGUAGAAUGAAGGUGCCAGGCGAAAUGAAAUUGCAUGUUGCUGGAAACCUGUUGUCUUGAAAGGUGGCUUAGAAAGAGAUGGCUCCUCUUGUGGUCCUCUCCCUUUUGCAGACUCUUCUCUGGAUCUUGCACGGUGGGCUCAGUGCAGGGUCCCUUGGAAGGAAGCAGGCGCAGAGGGAGAGAGGGGGCUGGGCCAGGUUCCCGUGAGCCCUUUGGAGGGCUGGGCCUGGGCCUUCUUGGUAGGGGACCUCAUCCUUCUUCCCUUCCUCCUUCUGGCUCAGGCUGCAGCACCUGCCCUUUGCCCUGACCAAUCUCAACCUGAAGGCGCUCUGGCUGGCAGAGAACCAGUCGCAGCCGAUGCUCAAGUUCCAGGCGGAGGAUGACGAGAAGACCGGGGAGAAAGUGCUCACCUGCUACCUCCUCCCACAGCAGCCGUCGCCCAGCCUGGGUAAAUGCUGCUCCCUGCCCCACCCCCCGGCCAGGCUUGCUCUAGUGGGGGGCUUCUUGCCUGGGCUGGGUGGAGACCCUCCUGGCUGGGGCCGUCCCGCCUGCAACAGGAUCCCUGACUCUGCUCUCCUCCCGCAGAGAACCUGCAGAACAGCCUGGACGACAGCUGGAUGGACACCAACCUCAACCGCGUCAGCGUGAUCCAGUUUGUGGAUGAGCCCAAGUUGGAUGAGGAUGAGGAGCCGGGGGCCGAGAGGAGGGUAAGUGGGCGGAGAUGGGGGCCGUUUCCCUGCUGAAGGACUGUCCUCCCCAAGCCUGGAUUGGGCUGUCAGAUGUGGCUGUGGGGUUGGGAGCUGGGGGUGCCCAUCACCUGCCCUGUCCUUCUGGAGCCCGCAGUGGGCGUGGGGGGCUGCAGGGCUGCUCUUGGCCUGUCAGGCUGGCUGGGCCGGUGCUCCUGCCUUGUGUGGGUCCUCCUGGGAGCAGAGCUGGGAAAUGGGGGAGGAGGGCAAGUGCGCGCCGACACCUCUGUCCUGUGUUUGCCCUGUCGCUGCAGCUGAGCCUGGCCUCUGCAGUUGCUUGGGGGCCUGUAGGUGGUGGGGGAGUUUUCCCCACCUCUAACCCCGCUCCUGCUCACAGGGCCUGCAGCGAAGGGCAACUCCCCACCCAAGUGAGCUGAAGUCCAUGAAGAAGGUGAUGGAAGGGCGCCGCAGCGAGGCAUCUGCUGCCAAACUGGACACCCAGCGGGAUUCUUCCAGUUCAGAGGUGAGGGGGCGUGGGGUGGGCUCUGGGCAGUGUCCAUCAUAUAAAAUGUUGCAGGAGGGGGAGAGGGAGGCACAGAGCGGGACCGGGCAGUGGGCCUGGACAAGGCUUCCUCAGAGGGAGGUUUAAUAAUAAUAAUAAUAAUAAAUUUUUAUUUAUACCCCACCCUCCCCAGCCAAGACCGGGCUCAGGUUUGCAGUGGUGGAGCUGGUGACAUGAGCCCCUUCUGCAGACUUGCUGCAGGCCCAUCUAGGGCUGGAGGGCUCUGAAUGGGGCAAGGGGGUGGCCUGACCUGGCCCAGCUGUGGCCUUUGGGGCGGCAGGCCCAUCCUGCACAGGGGCUCAGGCGCUGGGUGCCAGGCAGUGCAGCUGUCUUGUGCCCUCGCUGACUCAUUCCGCAUCCUGCCCCUCAGGAGAAGAGGCUGAGUGCCACCUCCAACCGCAGUGAAGACUCACGGGUCUCCAGCAGCACCAUCUCUGCCAGCUGCCAGGAGGCGGCGGUGGCAGCAGCAGCAGCGAAGCACGUGCGGGAGGCCUCAAGGCCAGAAGAGGCAGUGAGGGCCCCUGAGGGGCAGGAGGAGGAGGAGCAGGAGCAGGAAGGCUGGCGGCGGCGGCGGCAACAGCAGGAGGCCGGGGUGGCUGUGGAGGAAGCCCCAGCUGGCCCUGAGGAGGAGGAGGAGCUGGAGUACAAUGAGGUACAGUGAGCCUCUGGGAGCUUCUUCUGUGGCAACAUCUUGGGCCAAAGUCAGACCCUGCCUUGUUCUGGGAAGCAGCAGCAGGGAGUGGGGAGCUGAGCCCGGCUGAGGGAGGGAAGAAGAGAGACCCUGCUGGGCUGUGAGAGGAUGGGGGGGGGCUGCCCAAGGAUGCCAUGGUGUUGGUGGCCAUGUUAGGAAGUGGGGGCAGGCGUGUUCCCUAGGUCCCUGCAGCCCCAUUUGUCCCACAGGGCAGCCUUUGGCCAAGGGGCUGGGGGAGGGAGAUCUGCCCGCCUCUUGCCUGGUGAAGGGCACAUCCAGGACCCCUCCUGGGGAACUGGAAGGCUGUUGGCACCAUGAAGGGACUCAGCUUCUUAGGGGCUGGGGAGGCCAGGUCAAUGGAUGGGGUUCUGUUCUACACAGAAGGUGGCAGGGGGUGGCAUCAUCACUCGUUGGGCAUGUUGCUGCCACGUUGAGGAAUUUUUCUUUCACUUGGUUGUGUAUGGAGGACCCUCAUUAAAUGUUUUUGCUGUGUGAAUUCAGUGGCAAGGCAUUUUUCUUGCUUAUGAGUGUUUUGCACUGCAAGGGGCUGGAUUGGAUGAGCCUUGGGGUUCCUUCCAACCCUUCAGUUCUAUGAACCCUGUUUUGCUGUGUCCAAAUAGCCAGAGCAAAGAGGCGGAAGGGGGGGGGGUCAAAGGAGCCACGGAAAGCCUUGCACUCUGGAUUCAUUUCACAUGUUGGGCCAGGGGCCGCAGAGGAGUGUCUUGCUGCCUUUGUGAAUACUUAUGUGCAAUAAAAACUCCUCAGUUUAAUUUAAACCAGUUUUAAUGUAGGACCCACAGUGGCAAACAAGUGAUUAGGCAAUAAAAACAUAUUUAAGACAUAAAAAAUAAUAAUCCAAGCCAGAUGCAUUGGAUGUGGUGGAGUAAGACCAGAGGGCAACCCUUGCUGCCUGGUGCUUGGGGCUGCCCAGGUCCCCUGGAGAUGCCCCACCUGCUGUUAGCCCUGGGCUGCUUGAAACAGGCUUGGCCGCAGCCCAGGCCAGCUCCCUGGGAGGGGGCUUUGAGCGCUGCCUUGGAGCAGAGGAUCCCAAGAGGAUCGAGGGGGGGUGCUUGGGGGCUUCAUUUAAGGGUGUUGCACCUGCAGUUUCAAAAGAAACUUAACUGAGGAAAAUCUGUUAGCACAAGGCAGAGCAGGUGAUGGAGUACACCUGGUGGUGCUGAUGAGGAGACCCCCAGAGAGGUUGUGCAGGGGCUGGUCAGCACCAGAAAGCAGGUUGGGAAAGUGAAAGGAGAGCCCCACUGGGCCAGGCUGAAGACCCUCCUCAAAGGACAGAACUUCACCUGCCCAGUGGCUUCCCCCAGACACUCCUUCUUCAGGAUGUGGAGGUUCCAUGUGGCCCCUGUGGGAUCUGCGUCCUUCAGAGGCCUUUCCUGUGUCCUGCAGCAGCAGGGUCUUGCGUCCCUGGGAGGCUGCGCAGGGUGCACAGCUGAACAAUGGAGCUUGUCAUUGCAGGAGGGUCGGGCUAGUAAGACCAUAAUAAGGACCUGCUGGACCAGGCCAGGGGCCCAUCUCGUCCUGCUCUCACAGUGGCCAGUCAGCUGCCCAUUAUGGGAAGCCAGUGAACCAGAGUCGAGCGCAAGAGCAGUUCUCGCCGCAGCCAGAGGCAUUCAGGCCCAUUGCUGCCUCUGCCCAUGGAGGCAGAGCAAGCCAUCCUGGCCAGGAGCCAUUGAGAACCCUCUUCUCCGUGAAUUGGCUCAGCAAAGCCGCUUUGUUCUGCCUCCGCCGUUGGGACUGUCUCAUUCUGAAUGCUGGUACGGGGGGGGGGGCUGCGUAGGGGGCACCUGGCUGGCUGGACUAGAGGGGGGCCCUUUGGCCUGACCCAUGGUAGGAAACUAAUCUCUGGGAUUUGAGAUUAAGGCUCUCUCUGUUCCUCAGGUUUGUUUAAUGGCAGAAGUGUGGACCUCCCUCUCCCCCAGGGGCCUUCCCGCUGUGGCUCCCCCAGGGCACUCAGAGCAGGCUGAGCUCAGUAGAAAUGGGGUGUGUGCUGUUUUUAAAUCUGCACCUCAGCCCUGCAAGGGGCAGGACGGCUUAAUGAGGGCUCCUUGGGCUCCCCUGCUCUCUUCAGAAGGGAGAGGCUUGCCUGUUUGGCAGACCCCCAAAUUUGUGUGCAGAAGAGUCCAGCAAAGAUGGCAGGCCUUGCAAUAACAGAGAGCUGGCAGCCACGUGAGAAGCCUUGCCAGGCCUUUGCCCCAGAGAGCAAGAGGGCUCCCAGCCGCCCCAACACACCCAGGCGGACACAGCUCUGGUCAGCUCACCUCAAAAGGGAUAUUGUAGAGAUGGCAAAGGUCAGAAAGGGGCACCCCAAGGAUCGGGGGGGGCGGUGAAGCAAUUCUCCCAUGAAAAGGCAAAUCAGAGGUGCCAUGGUAGACGUUUAUGAAAACAGGUCUGGAAUGGAGAAAUGGAGAGAGGGCAGUUUUCCUCCCUCUCACUACACUGGAACUGGGGGACAUCCAGUGAAGCCAGACUUGGAAGGUUCAGGACGGAUAAAAGGAAGAACUUCUUCACGAAGCACAUCGUUCAACUGUGGAACUCUCUCCCACAGGAGCCAGGGAAAGCACCAGCCUAGAGGGUUUUAAAAGAGGCUCCGGCCGGAGGAGGCUCUGGGGGCUGCCAGCCAGGAUGGCUCUGCUCAGUCCCCCCAGCCGGAGGCAGCCCUGCUGCUGAAGGCCAGGGGCUGGAGGGGGCAGAGGGGCUGUGGCGCUUGCAGCUGUCCCCAAGAGGCGCCUGGUUGGGGGUCCCCUGUGGGCCAAUCCAGUAGUCUUUUCUUACGGAGGGGAGGGAAAUAGGUACCUGCAGAAGAGGCUGCCUGACCUGCUUGUAUUGAGAGCCCCCCCCCCCCAUGGGGGUGUUUUCCCUGCAGCCCACGGUGCACUUUGCAGAAGACACACUGGUGCGCAGCGAGGAGGAAGAGGAGGCGGAGGAAGAGCACCCGUUCCCAGCAGGGAAGCAGCGGCUCAUCCGCAAAGACACCCCCCACUACAAGAAGCACUUCAGGAUCGCCCAGCUGCCCCGGCCAGAGGCGGUGGUGGCCCUUUUGCAGGGGCUGAGUGCUGAGGGGGGGCCCCAGGAGAAGGAGGCCGCCCCCGUGGAGGAGGAGGAAGAAGAGGAGGAGGAGGAGGAGGAGGAGGCCAGGUGGGAUGGAGACCAAGCCCAGGAUGGGGCUGCACCUGCCCCACCCUCCUCCGUCAAGGUAAGGACCUGGGGGGGCAGCUGGGGGGCAGCUAGCGCUCUCUCUCUCUCUCUCUUUCUCUCUCUCUCUCUCUCUGUGGUGCUGGGGCUCCUGGAUGCUCGGGUGGGGCCUGCCCCUCUGCCUCUCCCUCCCUCCCUCUGUCUGUGUCCCCCCCCCACCCGGUGGCGGUCCACCCGGCCCUCCCCCCCACUAAUCCGCAUGCCUCUCUGCUGGUUCCUGUCCUAACAGGGGGUGUCGUUUGACCAAGCCAAUAAUCUGCUGAUUGAGCCUGCUCGCAUUGAGGAGGAAGAGGUCUGUACUGCCUCCCCCCCACGUCUCUCCCCCCACCCCCUUUCCCUGGGGCUUGCAGGGACUGCCCCUCUCCGCACUGUGGUGGCAGCUUCUCUCCUCCCCUCUUGUCUUCCCACACCUGAACUGGGGGGGGGGGGGUGAUGCGGGGCUUUAGUCCAUGCCUAUGAGGGAGAAGGGUGAGGAGAGGAGGCAGCUGGCUGUGGAGCCUGGCACCUGGAGCAACUGAGGGCUAUCUUGGCUGCAGACUGGUGCUUUGGCCUGAGACGAGCUCUCUUCUCCCCAGCAGGAGUCUGGGGCAGCCUUCCCAGCCCCCUGAGCCAGCCCAAGUGCUCCCAGGGGGGUGCUUUCCUUGAAAGUGCUGGUGUCUGGCACACUCCGUCCUGGAUAGAGGUGUCCCUGCCAGAGGCCUUUGGCAAGCCCAGAAAGAGACUCCACAGCUGCUUCUCCUCAGCAGAGCAGCCUCAGCGCAGCCAGGGCCCCUGAGCUCCCCAGAGAGGAGGGGGCUGGGGGUGGGGAGAUGCCUUGCACCAGGGCCUCCCUUUCCAGGGGGUCUUCAGGGUCCCCGCUAGAGGAGGCAGAGCUGCCACUGGGCCCCAUCUCCCCUGAGCACUUUGGGCUGCUAAAGUCAGCCCAGCUUGGCUCUGGCAGGUUUGGCAAAUGCCUGACUGCUGCUGCUCUGUCCCCUGAGGCCGCCUCUCGGCCCCCAUGCCCCUCUGCUUGAGGGGGGGGGGGCUCAGACGCCUCCAGGGCCUUUUUCUCCCCUGUGCACCCCCUGCCAUAGGGGCACACGCACAUACCCUGCUUGGCUCCCUCCAUGAGCUUUUGGCCUGCUGGACCUCUGCUCACGCCUCUUGCCUGCCCAGAAUGUGGCCAGAGGCUUCCCCCAACCCUCUUUGCACAAGGCUCUGCCACGCUAGCCGGACGGCUUUGGCAUUACCCCCCCCCCCGGCUCUCCUGGGGCCUGAGCACUUGCUCUGUGGCCUUUCCUUGGCAAAAGCAAGGGACCCCCCCCCCCCCACGUAGCAGAGCUGGUGGGGUGGAGAAAAGCAAGAGCAUCUCAGGCCUGUCCUGGGUGAUGGGCCCCCUGAGGGUCUCUGUUGGCCUUGCGCUGCAAGACAGACACAGAUUUCUCCUCUUCAGGCAAGGGAGGGUGGGGGUGAGUGGCUGGCAGUGGGAGAUAUUUCAGGGGGCCUGGGAUCUGGUGAGACGUAUGGGAGCCCCCUCCCACAUAGGUGGCCCUGGUGGUGAAUUGGCCGCUUGGUCCAGGGGUGGAUUGCAGGUCUUGUGGGCACCCAAAGGAGAUGCUUGGGGGGCUGCUUCCUCACCCCUCAUUAUGGGCUCAGACCCUGGUCCAUGGUGCCCCCCUCGUUCCGUAUGUCUUUGCUGCUGUGUCUCCCCUAACCUUGCCCCCUUUUGCUUCCAGCUGACCCUGAGCAUUGUGCGGCAGACGGGGGGGCUGGGCAUCAGCAUUGCGGGGGGCAAAGGCUCCACCCCCUACAAGGGAGACGAUGAGGUACGGGCAGCUGCAACAGGGAGGCUUUCCACUUGGGGUUUGGGGGUCCCCUUGACCUGGGGCAGCUGUGGGGCAGGGAAAGGAGUGGCCGUUUUGGCUGGAGUGGCUGACUUGGGGGGCCGAGUCAGGCUGCUGAGCUGCCACUGCCCAGGAAGCCCCCCCUGACUGCUCCCCUCUCUUUGCAGGGCAUCUUCAUCUCCCGCGUCUCUGAGGAGGGUCCGGCUGCCCAGGCAGGGGUGCGGGUGGGGGACAAGCUCCUGGAGGUGAGUCGUUGAGCCCCCUUAGGUGGGUUGGGGAGGAGACAUCUGCAUAAACCCAGGGCCAGCUGCUCCCUCCUGCCAUCCCCUUUUUGGCAGGCCCUGUCCUGGGUGUAGAAGGCCUUGCUCAGCCCCUUCCAGGCCAAGCUGCCCCCCAGGUCCCAUGGCGUCUCCCUUGGCCUCCUGCCCGUGGCUGGUCUCUGCCUGCCUGCCUGGGGCCUGAGUCACCAGUCAGAAUAAGUACAUGCUGGAAUUGCCAGCAGCAGCCCAGGCUCCCUCGCAGCUCUAGGUGGGCAUUUGCUUCUGCGUUGCCCUGCAGAGGGGGAGGAGAAGAUGGCCCUUGCCAGACUGCCAUGGGAGGGGGCUGCCUGCCUGCCUACCAAAGGAGUGCCAGGCUCCCCUUGGGGCUCUCUGGGGGGGGCCGGGGGGCCCUCUGCAGCCGGUCUCUGGCCGGGCGCUUGCCUGAGCCAGCCCCCUCUUUUGCGCCCCCGGCAGGUGAACGGGGUGCCUCUGCAGUGCGCGGAGCACCAUGUGGCGGUGGAGGCUCUGCGUGGCUCGGGCACCACGGUCUCCAUGACAGUUCUGCGGGAGAGGAUGGUGGAGCCGGAGAACGCCGUCACGGUGACCCCCCUGCGGCCGGAGGACGACUACAGCCCCCGGGAGCGGCGGGGGGUGGGCCUGCGCUUCCCAGAGAGGCCUGAGGGAGCCCCCCUGACGGAGCGCCUCUCCACCUGCCUCAUGCGCAACGAGCGGGGACUGGGAUUCAGCAUCGCUGGCGGCAAGGGCUCCACACCCUACCGGCCGGGGGACACGGUGAGGAGGGGAGGGAGGGAGGGAGGGAGGGGGACCGCCUCUCUCUGGCCGGCAGCCGCCUGGCAGGGGCUUCGGCGACACCCGAUCCCGGCCUCUGCGCUUAUUCCUGGCUCCUCGCUGACGGGGGCACUUCAUGCUCCCGGGACGGAGGGACAGAGGGGCCCUUGCCUUGCCUGGUGACAGAGGAGCAGGGGGCUCUGUAGGGAGGGGCCCUGACUUUCCUUUCCCCCCAGGGGAUCUUCAUCUCUCGGAUUGCAGAGGGGGGCGCAGCCCAUCGGGACGGGACCCUCUGUGUGGGCGACAGGGUCAUCUUGGUGAGUGGACUCUCUUGGGGGGGGGGCUUCCUGAGGACCAGGCAAGGUUCCUCCAGGGGGCUCUGGGGUCCCCCCUGCCCCCUGCUUGCCCGUUCAGGGUGGGGCUGAGUCUAGCCAGGGGGGAAGUGGGCUGUGUUUUGGAGGGGGUGAUGUUGGAGUCACCUUUCUGGAACUCCGGGUGGGUGGGCACGGCAGGUGGGGGGCCAGCCAUUUUGUUCUGAAGCUCUUUCCCUCCCUCCCCUCCCUCUCCUGCUGCUCCUCUUCCUCUUCCUCCUUGUGGCCUGUUUCUCUGCCUCCUCCCGAGGCGCAGCCGAUCUCUGCUCAGCAGCCAUGAUGAGAGAGGAUGGGGGGGUAAGCCCCGAGACGGCCUCGUCAGUGCUGGCUUCCGUCUGCCUGUCUGUCUGCCUCCCUCCCUCUCUCUCCUCUGCCCUCUGCUGGGUGAUGUACACUUUGCCCCACACCUCUUCUCCCCCCCCCUUUCUUUGGGGACGAGGGCAGGAAAAGAGCUUGCGCUCCUUGGCCCCCUGUCCUGAGCUGCUGUUUGCCUUGAUCGGGGGGAGGGAGAACACGCCUUGCCCUCCCAGCCCCCUUCCGCCUGCCGAGGCUGGGGUCCUUGCCUCUGGUCCCAGGCCUGGGAUUGGGGGCCCUGUGUGCAUGCCCUCCCUGCCUCCCCCUUUGACGCUGGUUUGGGGCCGUUCUAGAUCAAUGGGGUGGACAUGACGGAAGCCAGGCAUGAUCAGGCCGUAGCGCUGCUUACCGCCGCCUCCCCCACCAUUGCGCUGCUGGUAGAGAGAGAUGCUGUGCCCGCUGCCCCCCCCACCGCCACCCAGCCCAGCGAGGAAGACCUGCCCUUGGGGCAGCGGGCACAGCGGGCACACUCUCCGCCACCACCGACCCCCACCCGCGGGGAGAGCCCACCUGAGGAGACGCUCCUGCCCCACAGGAGCCACCCCGCCCAGAGCCUGGAGAGCCAGUACCCCACGGAGGUAGGCGAAGGGCAUGGGGGCACUGUCUGUCUGUCUGUCCCCGUGGGAAGCUGCUGGCAUGGGGAGCCCCUCCUGUCUGGCCCCUGCCCACCCUGGGAAGUGCCCUGGUCACCCUGGUUUUUGCCAGCUCCCCUUUGGAUGUGGGUCCCUCCAGCCUCUUUCUCCCCCUGGCCUGGAGUCGGGUCCCGGCAUCUGCUCCUCCAUGAGGCCCUCUCUUGACCCUGGCUUGGCUUUCUUGCUUUCUGCCCGCAGGAGGUGAUCCUGGUCAAAGCGGGGGGGCCGCUGGGGCUCAGCAUUGUGGGCGGCAGCGACCACUCCAGCCACCCCUUUGGGAUCCAUGAGCCGGGGGUCUUCAUUUCCAAGGUAGAGGUUUGCAGGGCUGUGUGUGGAGCCCUCCCCUGAGAACACCGUGGUUGGGAAGCCUAGGAGUUACUACACAACCCGUUGACUCUGCAAAUCUUGCCAUUCCGUGUGCUCCAGAGCCCCCCUUGGAGGCCCAAAGAGCAAGGAAGCCCCCCCCCCAAUUCUCCACUUUCUCUGCUCAGAGCCCCCUGUUUUCAUUAAAUUAUUUUUAGUAGCAAAUUUUAACAAGGAAGAACAGGGAAAGAACCAGCCCGCCCAUUAGGGGUUCUAGCACCCCUCAGUGCAGCCAUCUCAAAUGAAACACAAAAGUGGACUGCAGGCCCCCCAGGGGCGCAGAGAGAGCCUCCUCUGAGAUGGGCGUUGAUAGGGAAUGCAUUCAGAAGUGGCCAAGAGACAGCCAGGCCCUCAGACUGUUGUAUAAUAGUUUUUCUGGGGGGUGGGCAGGCUGUUAGCACUAGAAGAGCUUGCAAAGUCCACGUUUGUUGGCCUUCCAUUAAUCCCCAUAACAGGAAUGUGAUUUAAAAGUACACGGACCUCUGCAACCAUUGAGGAUUUUGCCUGUGAAAAGUGGAUAGGGACAGCAGCCACGUCAGACCAAAAGGAAGAGAGAUAUAUGUGUAUCAGCAUACAGAAGUGCCUCUGGGGGGCGGGGGGCGGACAUCUUCAGCCUCUCGGCCAGGCCAAGUGCCCGUCUGGCUGCAGGUGUUGGGGACACUGCCAGCUUGCCCCCCCAGGCCGCAGGCAGGGCUCUUUCCCACCUCUUCUGCGCUGCCUUGGCAGGUGAUUCCUCGUGGCCUGGCCUCUCGCAGUGGGCUGCGGGUGGGAGACCGGAUCCUGGAGGUGAACGGCAUUGGCCUCCGACACGCCACGCACCAGGAGGCCGUGACGGCGCUGCUCUCCAACACGCAGGAGCUGAGGAUGGUCGUCCGGAGAGAUCCUCCGCCCCCGGGCAUGCAGGUAGGGGGCGCAGCUCUGCUGUUGUGCCCCUGGAGAGGCGCCUUCUUCAGCAUUGGGCAUCUUCAGCCCCGCUGGGAUGUGGCUGGGCUGACCCACCACAGCUCCCUCCCCUCUGGCCUGCAGCCUCCGUAGCUUCCCCAGGAUGGGGUCUCCUGCCCCCUCCCUGAAGGCCUCCGCUGCCCACCCCCUGCUUUCCCAAAGAGCCUUCCCCAGUGCCCGUCUGCUGGAGCUGAGGUGGAAGCAGCCAGGACUGGGAAGGAGGAGGCCCCUCUUUCCUGGCUGGGGGGGCUGCUGCCCAGCCCCCCCUUCCAACUUGCUUUUGCUCACUCUGUCAGGAGAUCUGCAUUGAAAAGAGGCCAGGGGAGAAACUGGGCAUCAGCAUCCGAGGAGGUGCCAAGGGCCACGCAGGGAAUCCCUUUGACCCCACGGACGAGGGCAUCUUCAUCUCUAAGGUACGGGGUAGCACUCCCCCCCACCCUGGCCGAAGUUUGCUGUGCUGGACUAGUGCCAAGUGGGGGAGGGAGGUCCCAGCUGUGUUUGGAAGGACCCACAGCCGUGUCUCCACACCACGUCCCUCCCACCCAGGGUUGCUCUGAGGACUUUUGUUGGGGGGGGGGCUGUGGAAAGCAGAGUUCUGGAGCCUUGAGCAGAAGGUCUGGACCCCCUGCCUGCCCCCUCCCCAAACCAUGAGGCCCUUUCUGCCUCCAGGGCCCCUCCAGCUCUGGCUGCUCCCAGGGCCUUGAGGGUGGGGGUUGCCUCCCUCCCUCCCUCCCCGGCUCCUUCCUCACCCUCCUCUGCUUUGUGCAGGUCAGCUCCACAGGGGCUGCAGCCCGUGACGGGCGGCUGAGGGUGGGCAUGCGCAUCCUGGAGGUGAACCACCAGAGCCUGCUGGGCAUGACGCACACGGAAGCGGUCCAGAUCCUGCGCGCUGUGGGAGACACCCUUCUGGUGCUGGUCUGCGACGGGUUUGACCCCAAGGCUGUGGCGGCCAUUGAGGUGGGUGCUAGGAGGGGGGCCCUGGCCAGGGACGGGAGGUUUGCCUUCAGUGCCUUUUCCUGCUGAAGCCCUGUGGCGAGGGCAGCUUCUUAAAGACGAGGUACACCAUGGGUCUGGUGUGUCCCCCCAGACACCCCCUCUGCCUGCCUCUGUGCUGGGCAGGGACCAGAGCCCCCCCCCCCACCUCUCUCGUCUGCCCCCCAGAUAUCUCCAGGGAUCAUUGCCAACCCCUUUGCGGCCGGCAUCGGGCGCAAGAACAGCCUGGAGAGCAUUUCCUCCAUUGACCGGGACCUCAGUCCGGAGGAGCUGGACGUCCUUCAGAAGGUAAGGCCUGUGGUUCCCAGGGGAGGGCAGGCUUAGGUGCCCCUUCUCUCUGGCAAGGCUGCCAAUCCCCGCCCCGCCCCCCAGAUCUGGAGAAAAGCCCUUGAGGAGUCUGGCUGGCGUGUGCCCUCAGCUCUGACCGCCUCCUUUGUGUCCCCAGGAGUUGGAGAUGGUGAGGGAGACAACCCAGUGGGAGAGGGAAGAGACGGAGAAAGUGGUGAGACGUGAUGGCCCUGCUCUACCCUUCCAGGGUGAGGGAAGGGGGCUGCCUGGAUCGGGGCCUCCAGUCCCCCUGGCAGCCCCCUUCCCUCCCCCCUCCUGCUCCUGCUGGGGCUGCUUUGGGGCUGCUUUGGGGCCUGGGCUCUUCCCCCCAACCGCUGACUCCGCUAAGGUCUCCUCUGCCCCUAGAAGCUGCGCUUUGCUUUGGGCCGGGGGUGAGGGGAGAGGUCUGGCAGGGAGUGGCCAUUUGUCCUGGCAACCUUCCCUCUGCUUCCUGCUCAUCCUGCUCUUGUCUCCCUCUCCCCCCUUGCGAGUGCCUGGGCAGCUUCCUGCCUGCCUUUGCCCGAAGGAGGCUGCUGGUUCUAGCCCAGCCCAUGCCCUCUGCCUGCAGUGCCAGGUGACUUGGGCCUCCCAUAACGCCUGUGCCGCCUUCCUUGGCUCCGUGGGGGGGAGACGCAGCCGUUGCUGAGAUACUGUGCUCAGCAGAGUGUUGUCGGCCCCUUUUGUGUGCCUGGCUCCCCAGCAGGGCCACAAGUCUUCCUCAGCCCUUUGCCAAGAGGUUCUGGAAUUCGAUCUCAGGGCUUGCGCUGCUCCAUCUCUGAGCAAUGGGCCCUUUUUGUCUAGUGGAAACCAGGGGGAGUCUGUCAUUUGUCUGGCCAUGAUUCAGGGCUUGGGGCGUUCUCCUUCUGGGAGCAGCGACAGGGGCUGGGAGCCUUUUUCUCUUUGACCAGGAUCCGCCAGACAGGUUCUUCACCACAAGGCGGUUUUAGGAGGCCCCCGUAGGUCUUCCCAGGGGGACCCACGGUGGGUGAGGUGGUCACACUCUGGCUCCCUGUGGGCACAGUGCCGGCCACUCAGGGAGGGAGGGAAGCCCCCCUCUGUGAGUCUGUGCGAGGCAGAGGCAGACGGGUCCCGGCCAAGCAUAUGGCUUCUUCCGUACCUGUUGAGUUCAGAUAUUCCCUUCUGAGGAAGAAUCCUUUGGCCAACCUCCUUCUGUGAGAUCUUGGGAGUCUGGAUUUGCUCUGGGAAGGAAUGUGGGCGUGGAAUGGCCCAAGAGACGAGGCCUGGUUUGGCCAGGAGAGCAAACACUCAUUCCUCCCUUUAUGUGAGGCUGGAGGAGGCAGUUGGGCUCUGGGCUUUGGCUGCUUGUAUCUUGGUGCUCAGGGCCAGGCUGGGUCCUCCAGGGGGAUCCGGCGGAGGGUUUGGGGAGUGCCUUGUGGCGCCUGGAGCCCGGACUUCCAGCAGAAAGAAGGCCCCAGCCCCUCAGUCCAGCUCCUCAGCCGCUGCAACUGGUUGUGCUUUGGGGCGACUUCCAAAUGGAGAUGUGCAAAAUUCCCUCCAGGCUUCAUCUUAGCCAGUUCCUGUGAGGAAACUCCUGAGCUAGUCCUCAGGUCAGAGCGAAGCCGAGGUCCAAGGAGCCGGGUGCCUUUUCCUUCCCCAGGGGGCCAAGCCUCUGGCUGUGGCCUCCUUCCUUGGCUGCUCCAUACGUGAGAGGCAGGGGGACACUCGCCUUCAUGCCUGGAGGAAAAGGCAGCCAUUCACCAGCACAGGAGGAAAAGAGAGAGAGAGAGAGAGAGAGAGAGAAAUGGGUGGGGGGCAAAGGGGAAGGAGCAGCAAAGAGCCUCCGGUGGGAGUGACUCCAGCUGGGGUCCCGCAGGAGGGGGCCAGAUUUUGGAAACUAGCAAAUGACUCUGGAGCAGCCGCCCUCCUGCCUGCCUGCUUGCCUGCCUUCCGGCGAGAGCUUUGCCCAAGACCAGGGCCUUUCCCCGGCACCUGACUCUGGCCGUGGGGGUCUGUAGUUUACUUUCUUUGAAAAGGACAGUUUUUAGGGGGGCAGAAAAAAAGGGUUAUUUCCCCCGGCUUUCAGUGGUGUUCAUCAUCCUAGUUAAAGUUUUCUCUUCCCUGCUUUCAAAGUUUGCCUCUUAAUCUUCAUUAGGAAAGGAAUUGAAAAUAAAACUGCGAUUAAUAUAAUACAAAUCUGUGAUGCAACUGCAUUCAGAGUCCGCUGCACAGGUGGGGUCACCUCACCUUAAAAAUUGUAGAGUUAGAAAAGAUUCAGAAAAGGACAAUGAGCAUGAUCGAGGGAGGGAUGGUAAUAAUAAUAAUAAUAAUAAUAAUAAUAAUAAUAAUUUCCCAGCCACUCUGGGCAGUUUCCCCAAAAACAUUAAAAAUACAAUAAAACAUCAGACAUUAAAAACUUCCCUAAACGGGGCUGCCUUCAGAUGUCUUCUAAAAGUCAGGUAGUUGUUUAUUUCCUUGACAUCUGAUGGGAGAUUGUUCCACGGUGUGGGUGCCACUACUAUGAAGAAAAAGUUGCAGCAUCAGGGACUUUUUGGAUUAGAGAAAAAGCCGGUCAUAGGCACCCUGAAAAAAGUUUAUAACAUGAUGCCUGACCUGGAGAAAGUGGAGGGAGGAAAGUUUUCCUCCCUCUCUCAUGACGAUCGAACUUGUGGACACCCAGUGAAGCUGAAUGCUGGAAGAGUCAGGAGUUGAAGUGGGGAACUGCUGGCUGCAGGAGGCAGGGAUGGCUUCAGAAGAGGACUGAGCAAAUUCCUGGCAGAUGCAGCUGCCUCUGCCCUGGGGGAGAGGGCUGCUCUUGCGAGCAGAGGAGGCUGGCUAGAUGGGCCCCCUGGGGCUGAGCUCUUCUGAUGCUCUUGUCACAGAAGCAGGAGGGGGGCUAGAGGGAAGACCCCAGCCCCCCACCCCCCGGGGCAGAGCCUGGGAAGGGAAGGGCCCCUCUGGCUGGCCCUGGCUGCCUGCUUUGCUGCAGACCCCGCUGAGAGGCCGAGCACCCUCUGGGGACCCCCUGGGCCCUGCUUCUGGCUGUGAAGUUGUGGGUUCUGCCUGGGACUCUGCCUGCUGCUCUGGGGUCCCUGCGGGUUCUGCUGCUGACCCCUCUUGCUCUCUCUUUGCUUGUGCCACCCGCCUGCUGCCUCUGCGAAGGAGCGGAAGCGCCGGGAGCGAGAGACGGCCACGCAGCUCCUGGCAGAGGAGGAGGAGGAGGCCGAGGUGAGGGGGGCGGCUGGGCUGAGGGCCUGAGGAAGGGGGCUGGGCUGGGUGGGCACGCUCCUGAGACCCCCCUGACCCUCUUCCCCCUCCCCACAGGACCUUGGCGCUGAGCCCCUGCAGCUGGACUACCGCACCUUGGCAGCGCUGCCCAACAGCGGCCUCCAGAAAGCCACCCGUGGCGUAAGUGAUGGGGAUCCACUGGCUUUGGCGAAGGGCGGGCUGGAUCCCAGCCAGCCUCGGCUGCUCCCUCUGCCUUCAGCCAACCCGAGCGAUGGCUCUUGUGGAUUGGGGCCCCUGGCGAGUCUCCCCAGCUGCUUUGGAGACCUUGUCACUUGGAGGGGGGCUCCUAUGCCCUGGAAGCAGCUGCUGGCUUCAGGGCUGGUUCUCGGGGGGGGGGGAGCGCAGAGAAGCUGAGGAGAGAAGCACCCAGAGUUUGGAAGAGAGAUGGGAGCACCAGGUGACCCGGGAGGCAGCCAGCAGACCGAGGGGGGGGGGCUCUGCUUCUGGGGGGACGGGGCUGGAGGUUGCCCUCAGCAGCAAUGAAGAGCAGUGGGGUGUUUGCCCCCCCCACUUGCCCAAGACCCAGUUGGCCUGGCUGGGUGAGGAGGGAGCAGGUGGGCUGCUUGGGGGCCAUUUUUGCUUCUCUGGAAAUCUGAUCUGCCUGAGUGAGAUUCCUGAGCCAGCCCAGCUCUGGGCUAUUUUGGGCUUGCCUGGUGGGCGUUGGAGGAAGGGGCUGGGCGGGGGGGGGGGGUCUUCCUUUGUCUGUGGCUGCUGGCAGGAGCGGUGAGUCUCUCUCUUUCUCCUGGCACCUGCAGGGCUUUUCCUCUGGGCACAAGUGAGCGGGCAGCUGGUGGGCAGCAGCAAGUGGGAGAACUGCUUCCUCAGGCUUGGUCAGGGCCAGGGCUCUGCUACUGUGCCUGCCUUCAUGGGGGGGGGGGGAGCAGGCAAGCUGUGCCCCUCUGGAUGUUGCUCAGCCUGCCAUGUUACUCCUGGUGCAGCAGGCGGUGGGUGCCAAAGGGCAGGAGCUCCCUCCCUUGGCUGGGUGUGCCAGGGAUGGCGGGGGACAAGGGGAUGGGCGUCCCAGACAGGGGUCCCUGUGCGGAGACCCUUGGUUUUUUUGGAAGGAGGGUGGCAGGGAGAGGCCCUUCUGUCCUGCUGAGCAGAGCAGGUGACCCUGUCUCCCCCAUGGAGGUCUUUCUUGGCCCUCCGCCCCCUUGGCUGCCUCCCCCCCGGCCAACACAGAGGGGCUUAUUGCCACCCUCCCUGCAUCCACGGGGCUUCCUGGGCAGAGGCAUGGGGCCUCCCAGCCCCCUCCUCUCCUUCUGGUCCCAUCCUGAGACUCCACCACUGCUGGGAUCAAAUGGGGAGGGGGUAUUGCGGGGGGGGGGCACUCCCAGCCCCUUCUGCCGUAGCUGGAGGCCGCUCUGUUUCUCUGAAGUUUCCUUCUGCCUCUCAAUGUUAAAAAAUAAACCUGUCCCGGAUGGUUUGCAGCAGAGCCCGGCUGUUCCGUGGCUGCGUCUUGGGGUUCUGGCUUGUGCCCAGAAGGAAGACGGGGUUUGUGGGGGGGCCUCCCUCCCCCAGGCAGCAAGGCCAGUUACCACAGAGGUUGCUGCUGCUGGUGGUGGCAGCACUGGGAGUGGCAGUCCAGCAUGUGGCCUGCCAUGUCUGUGCAUUGCAGGGAGGCAUCUCCACACCCUCCUGCACCCCGGGGAGGUCUCUGUCUCCCCCUCCCUGGGGGCCCUGCAGGCAUCUAGGGUCCCCCCCCCCCCGGCCACACAGCAGAGAGCUCCUCCCAUGAGCCACAGAGCUGCCCCACCAGCCGUGGCCCCUGAAAACGCAGUUCUUGUGUCUCUUCCUCAGCUUGUCCCUCCUGGUGCCAUGGAAAGGGACCCACGGGCGCCUCCCCUGCCGGCCCCCCCUCCCUUGGACCUGGGCCAGGCAAGCCUUGCCACGGCCCCCCCCAGCGGGGCUGCCCUCUCACUGCCGACUGCGGAGGUGGAGGAGGAAGAGAGCUUGGUGGACUCGCAGCCCAUCCCCUUCAGCGCCAAUCCCUUUGUGCUGGCCAACCGGCAGGGCAAGGCGUGUCUGGGGGGGCCUCCCCUUGGCUAUGGCAAGGGGGGAGUGCUGAAGACCAGCCUCUGCACCAAGGCAAGCGGCCUUGUGGCCUGGCCUGCUGUGUGCUGUGCCUCUGCUGCAUGCCGGGGCAGCGGGGGAGAAGGCAGCCAAGGCUCACGUUUGGGCUGGGACCCUCUCCGCCCCCCAUCUCUUGCCUGAGGGGGGCUCAGCUGCUCCGCACUGCAUGCAGGAAGUGUGUGUGUGUGGAGUGGAAUCAGGUGGGGGACGAGGCAGGCGAGCUCAAGCUUCUGCCGUGGGGACGUGCCUUUGCAGGGCAGGAGGACGAGGCAGUGGGCUUGGAGAGGAGGGCCCCCGCUGGCCCCUUCCCCCCUUGGCUCCCUGCAGAGUCUUUGGGCUGCUCCUCCCUUUGGCUGCUCUUCUGUCCUGCUUGGCUACUAACCUGCUUUGGGCCUGGCUCAUUUGGGCAGCGUUUGGGCUGCCGCCCCCGUGAGAGGAGCCCCUGAGCCACUAACAUGCAGACACUGCUUUGACAGUUUGUGCUCAUGGUUUGUUGUGCCAGUUUUGUCAACCUCUUUGUGUGUCUGUGGGCAGCAAAACAGGAGAAAAGUAGUAAUUCUAAAUGUCCAAAGAGGGUGGGAUUCUGCAGUGUGCACAGUUCCAUCUUGACACAACUCCCUCUCUGCGUGACUGAUCCAGCCACUUGGGAGCUGGCACGGAAGCGGGUUCAGGAGUUCGGAUCCUAUAAUGUGCAUUCAUGGGGACUAGGAGCUUGUGCAGAGGAAGACAUGUGCUGCGUUGGGAACGGAGGGUGCUGUUCCUUCCCUGCCUUUGGGCAGAGUUCCAGCAUUGCUCAGCCAAUGAAGAGAUGCUCUUUCAGCACUUAGCAGCAGGGGGGCUUCUUAGUGUGAGCAAAACUAGAGGGAGGGGUGUCCUGAGCAUGGCGGGGGGGGGGGCAGCAGAGGAGCUGGCGCUGCUCUGAGGGGCAGCUGGCUCGGGUGGAGGAAGAGUGUUGGCAGGUUUCUGGCUCCAACUGGGGAGAUCAGGCAGAUUCAUGACCCGCCAGAGCCCCUUUUAGGGGGCAGAUCCCAUAGGGAAGGGGCUUCUGCCUGGGGGUUGGGAGGGGCUGGUCUCUCUGGGCACCCUUGGGGUCCCUCAACACCACUGCCCCCCCCCCCGCUCACCAGCUGUCCUUCCUCUCCCUUUCAGGCCCUCUCAGGGGAAGGGGAACAGGUAGCCGCCUGGCGAGACGCUCCCUACUCUCCUGGCAGCCAGCAGGUAAGGGGUGCUGCAGUGGGGGUGGAGGGGGCUACGGUGUGUGUUGGGGGGGGUCUUUCCUCUGCCUAUCCUGCCUGUCAGUCAGCCAGACUCUCUGGUUCUCUCUCUGGUUCUCUCCCUGGCACUGCUGCCUUCCAGCCUCCUGCUGCCCCCCGGCCAGCCCACCUGGUGGGCAGAGAGACCCGCUUUGUAAGUGCCCCCUUGGUGUGCUGUGCCCGCUCUCCUCCUCUGCCCUGGGUGGGGGGAGGGGGCUGCUGAGGCUGUGCUUGGGGAGGAUGCUCUGUGGGGCUGGGCAGGGGACCCUCACUACUCGCCCCCCCGCUGCUGCUGGUCUUUUUGGCUGCUUCUGCAAGAGUGGUUUCUAGCUGUAGUCUGGGAGGGGCAGGAGGAGCCAGUUUGUGGCAUCACUGGGGGCCCUUUCCAGCAUAGUUCAAGAUGUGGCGUCUCUUUUGGGAGCGGGGGCAAGAGCUUAAUGUGGGGUAAGUUUGGGGAGGGGCUCCUGGUUCUGGCAUGGCCAGCUUGGAGGUGCCUGGGCUUGGGUGGGGGCCCCCAGCGCCCCUCCCGGCCCCAAAUGCCUUCCUGACUUUCUCCUUCCAGGCUGCCGUCCACUUUGUUCCCAGCCACAGUGAAAGCAAGUCCUCGGUGAGUUCUCCUGGCCUCCUCUGGCGCCAUGUGGGCCUUGGGCUGUGACCAUUGGGCGCCUGCUGCCUCCAAGGGGCCUUGCCCAGCCCCUCUUGGCAUCAGCAGGACUCUGAAAUGGUGCAGUCAGAGCAGGGGGGGGGGGGAUAGUUUGAUACACAAGUUUGUGGGCGGCCCCCGUGCUUGGGGACAUCUUGCUUUAAUUCAUUUUGUCCAAUUUGUCCCUUGUUAUCAGAGGGUGUCAAUCAGACUUGUGUAGCCAUUGCCCUGACCUUUGCUUGCCUUUGGGUUGGAGGCUGAGUUUGCUCUCCUUUGUUCUGGCUGACUCCCCCCCCCCCACCUGUGCCAGACCAAGCCGGGCGUGAUCCAGCCCGUCACCCGCAUGCGCCCAGCCCCAGCCCUGGCGACCUCGGAAGGCCGGGACAGCCCCAAUCCAUUCCAGCAGCCCGAGCUCUGCUCCAGCACCCACAACUCUGUAAGUUGCUGCCCUGGGGCUGAUUGGGGGGGGUGCUGGUGGCUGGAGUGACACCCCCUUGGCCUGGGGCCGCUCUCCCUCUUGACUUGCACCCUCUUGCCCCCAGCCACGCUCUCCCAGGCCCCCCUCGCCAGGCGACGUCCCCGUCAGCGCCAAGCAGGCCUACAAGGCCUUUGCGGCUGUCCCAGUUCCGCAUCUGCUCCUGGAGCCUGAGGUGAGUGGGGGCGGCUUUGGGGGGGCCCUUGGGGAGCAGAGUGCCCUUUGCGGAUGCAGCCAUUGCCUGCCCUUUCUUCCCUUAGGAGUCCCAGAAGCAGAAGAGUGCAGAGCAGCCUCCCUCCCCCUCUGAGGUGAGUUUCAGGGGAGCGGGGGGCCCUGCUUCUCCUGGCCAGGCCCCACUGCUGGGGGGCGGCCUGCACAGCCCGGAGCAGAGGUCCUUCCGCGAGAGGCAGAAGUACUUUGAGGUGGAGCUGAAGCAGCAGCCGGCCGAGAAGCCGCCCAAGAGGGUGUCGCUGGUUGGGGAGGAAGACCUGAGGAAGAUGAAGGAGGAGGAAGGUGCGUGCCAUGGGGUUAGCCAGGCCAAGGCCCCCCACUCUUCCCGCCCCCCAGGGGCUACUAGCCCAGAGGCCGCUAACUGCUGGGGGGGGAGGAGCUGCUCUAUAGUGAAACACUAUAGUGAAACCCCUCUCCCCCUCCAUGUUUGGCUAAGCAGCGCCGGCCUGGUGGGGAGGAGGAGGACACAGAAAGAUGGGGUGGGGUCCCCUCAUGCCUUUCAGGUGGAUUCCCCCCCCCCCCCGCCUGUCUUCCUGGUUCAUCUUUGGAUCUCAUUCGGCUGCUCCCUCUUGGAGGCAUUCCCUUGCCCAGCCGGGGUCCUUCCACCCUUGGGGGGCUGUGGGGAGGCUGACCUGCCGGCUUCUCACUUGGCAGCUCGCAAACUCCAGCAGAAGCGAGCUCAGCUGCUGGAGGAAGAGGAGGAGGAGGAGGAAGAGGAAGAGGCCGCCAGGCAGAGACGCCCCCCAGACGUCCCCUCCAGCAUCUUCAUCGAGGGUGUGGAGUACAAAGUGGAGAAGCUGGAUGGGCAGAGCCUUAUGCCCUCCACGCCCUGGUGAGUGAGCUGCGUGCCGCGCCCCCUGCGCUUGUGCCCAGGCCAGGGAGGGGCAGGGCUCGAUCCGGAGAGCGCAGGCGUGCUCUGUCUCUCUAGCCCAGCGUCCCCUUCUCCCAGGAACCAGCCAGGGAUGCUGGUGGGAAGAAGCCCACAGACAGGACCCUAAGCAAAGAGCAGCCUUCUCCCUGCUCCGUCCACAGCCCUGGGAUUGCCCUCCCAAGUCCCAGCGCUUGGCCUGGGGGCUUCUAGCGUCCGCCUGCAGACUCCUCUCCCCAGGGGUCCCCUUUGGUCUCUGGGCUCCGCCCCGUCUCUGCCCUGGCUGGGGCUCACAGAGCUUUGCGCCCUUCCAGGUUCCCAGAGCCGGAGAGGCAGAAUGGCUCCUCGCAGAGGAAUUCCCUGGAGGAGGGCCGGAGGCCGGAGGUGCGGCCCACUUCCAUGGCUGGGUAAGAUGGGAGGGCAGGCGGAGGGGGGGCCUGUGGGGCAGGGAGGGUGGGUCUGCCCCACUGAGCCACGCUCUCUCCCGGCCAGGCUGAGCCCCGUGUGCCCCAGAGGUGGCAGUGAGCCUGGGGCCCCCGUCAGGACGGCGAAGGCCGAGCGCCGACAGCAGGAGCGCCUCCGCAUGCAGAGCACAGAGCUGCUCAGCGCCCAGGAGAGGAAGGAGCUCUCCCCAGCCGAGCGCCGGGCACUGGAGGCCGAGAAGAGGGCCAUGUGGCGAGCAGCACGGUAGGUGGGGAGGGGCGGGCAGGGGCCGCAUCCCUCUCCCACCCCCCAGGCACGGCUUCUGAAGGGGGCUGUGGAGCACCAGCUCACAGCAUGUUGGGUUUCUUAGCUGCUUGCCUUGCUCAUCGGUUGCCUUUGCUGGAUCAGGCCAGGGUGGGCCCUGCAUUCGCCCCACGGCCAGCCGGGGGUCCUCAGGGGGGGCGUGUGGGAGGCCAGGGGGCCACCGUGGGUGCCUCUGCUCUGCUUCUGUGGGUCCUUCUGCUCCCGUGGGUCCCUGUGGCCUGAAUGUUCACCCCACUGCCUCGCCCCCAGUCCUAACAGAAUGCAGGUGGGGUUAAUGCCCCAUCCCCCCCCUCUGCCCGCCUCCCGGACACAGCUGGCAGAGGGGGAGUGGGGGACUCCGUCACCCUGCAUGGACCAUUCCCUGGUGAGGUUUGGGCAGAAGGCAGCUCUCUGCCCUGCCAGGGUGGGGCACCCACUGCGUUGGGGUGGCAUAAAUUAGCCUGACCCAAAACAGGUGAAGUGGCACCGUUGCACCUGCCGUGUGGUGGUGGCUGCAGCAAAGAAAUCUGACUUCACCACCACCGUGGCUUCCACAAGUAGCCGUGUGGCCAAGCUUUUCUGAGUGGUGAAUGGACUUGUGUUCCCUGCCCAAGAGACCGUUGCCCUGACACCCCCGGGGGCCAGCCACAAGAUCCCUGCCAGGCAUUUGAGGAACAAAAUGACUCAGAUUUGGACAGAGGGAUGCCACCUCAGAGCAAUCUAGCAGAGGCAUCUAGCACACUGUCUACUCCCUCUGCACUGCGUCAGUUUUGAUUAUAGCAGCCUGAGGAUAUGGACAAGUGGCUUGAAGAAGUGUGGCCAGCCUUGGCCCCUGCCCAUCUUGGCCUCUUAGAACUAGCCGCAGUGGCUGGCUGGGGGUCGAAGGAGGCAUGGAUGUCUCCCCACUUAAUAAGACCUCCCUGGACCCAGAAGCGUUAGGCAAAUACUGGCAAGUGACAAGUGGUCCCUUCCUGCGUGAGGCACUUGAAGAGGUGGCAGCCCUGCAUCACGCACCCUUGGAGGAGGACUUCCAGGGAGGCAUCAUAGCUGGUUAGUUGCCUCCGUCGACACGCUGUCAGCAGAGGCAAUUAAGUGGUGAUGAACAUAGCUACUGUCUAUCGUAUUAUCUCUGAGGAAGAAACAUAAAGUAACAGGAAUUAACUUCCAAAUGCUCUGGAAGGAUUGCUCCCCUGCUGUGGGAUGGAGGUAUCUUCAAAAGACCCAGGCAGAUGGGGUGAGUGACCUAGGAGCGGAAGAACCACAAACUUGCCCCAGCACCACUCAAUAGCCCUAGAGGUCAGUCCCUGGGGCAAAGACCAGCAAAGCCUCCUUUAAUUACUUCUGAAACGUCUAUAAAAUACUACUGAAACACUCUCUCUGCUGAUUAAAAGGUUCAUUUGAAAUACGACCCAAUGGCUGGCUUAGGAGGAGACCCCCUGAAGAGGAUGAAAAAAAUUAAGAAAGAAGCAUGCUCUUAAGAUAUAUACCCCCAAAAAGUGACAAGUGGGGUACCUCAGGGUUCUGUCCUGGGCCCGUUGUUGUUCAAAUUCUUCAUAAACAACUUGGAUGAAGGUAUUGAGGUGAUGCCUAUCAAAACUGCAGGUGACACCAAACUGGGAGGGGCAGCUAAUGCCUCAGGAGACAGAAUCGGGAUUCAAAAGGAUUUCGACAGAUUGGAGAACUGGGCCCAAGCUAAUGAAAUGAGUUUCAUCAGGGACAAAUGUCAUGUUCUGCACUUAGACAGGAAGAAUCAGGUGCACAAAUGUAAGAUGGGGGACACCUGGCUAAUAAUAAUAAUAAUAAUAAUAAUAAUAAUAAUAAUAAUAAAUUAUUUGUACCCCACCCAUCUGGCUGGGUUUCCCCAGCCACUUCCAACAGAGAUUAAAAAUACAUUGCCAGUAAUAUAUUGGAAAAGGAUCAAGGGGGUUUGUGGACCACAAGCUUAACCUGAGUCAACAUUUUGAAAGUGGACAGGUGUCAAUUUUUACACAAUACAAUAAGAUGACAACUACAAAGAAAUACACAGUCCUCUCCUGAAGGUAAUUGUCAGCCCCCACCACCCAGAGAAGGUAGCCGUCCCUCUCAGCUCUCCCUGAGGGGCCUCCCUUUCUUCUCCCAGCUUCUCAUGCUGGGAGACCGUUUCCCCGUCUCCCGCCCAGGACCCUCCAUCAACCAUCUCCCACCCCAUGAAUGCACAAUCCCUGGACCUUAGCAAAGUCCCCAAACGUACGACUCCAAAGAAGAAAGAACAUGAAGAAGACUAAGAAAAGAAAAAAAACAAGAAGAGAGAGAUAGAUAAAAGCAAAAGAAAAGAUAAAAGACAAAAGACAAAAGGGAAAGAAAUGUUCUAUCUGCUGGUUGCAUAAAAAAGGGAAGAAAGAUUACUUAAAACAUUCAGUCCCUGAUAAUAUCAAUCCAGUAUUUAUUUUAAGUCAAAGUGUCUCAGAAUCAUUUGUUUCUUUUUUUUUUUUAAUAAUAUUUAUUCCAAAUUUAAAGUUACAAAAAACAAAAAAGAAAAAGAAAACCAUACAAAAUACAAAGAAAACUUCAACCAUAACAGAGCAAAAGAUAAACAAGUAAAAACAAAACAAAACAGUAAGAUAGAAUAACAAGGACAACUUAACAAAAAAUAUAAAAAUACAUUAAGUUAAGAUAAAACAAAAGCAGAUUAAACCUUUACAUAACCUUUUCCCUUUACUUAUUUCCAUGACCUCCUCUCACCUCCCAAUUUUGUAUUCUAGUUCAGAUCGUAUUUCCAGCAAAUCCUUCUAACCUUAUUUUCAUUUCAUUUCCUCCCUUCGCACCAAUUGGCCGACCAUGCCCAGGAGAAAGGCCUCUGGUUUCUUCAGAAAGGUAUAUUUAAAUAUACCUGAGGCUGCCCAGAAAAGCUCUCCUGGGUGAGAUGCCAUGGCGGCUGCCAUCACCAGAGGGACAGCUGCCCCACCAGCUCCAAGGGCCCUUCUUCCACCUCUCAAGUCCCCCCUCUGGUUCUUGGCCUUUGGUUCUGUUGCGGCAGGACGAGGAGCCUCGUCUGCUUGCCGCUCAGUUCAGUCUCUGCCCUUAAGUGGCCCCCAUUUCGCCUCCCAGGCUGUUUCCUCUUUCCUCUCCGUUGCUGCUCAGGGUCUGGUUGGCGAACGCAGCCCAGGAACACAGAGGCCGGGUUUUCUGCAAGGGGCUCAGCCUGGCAGCGGUGCCCUGAGCCAUACCUUCCGAAUCUCCACAGGGCUCUGGGGACCUCAGGCAGCCCCACCCCUGAUAAAGACCCUGAACUGGCAUCCCUCCCUCCUUCAUCCCCCUGCAGCCCCUCAAAGCAGAGCUGGUUCUCUCAGGAAAGUGCCCCCUGCCAGUUGCUGAUGCCAGCCGGGCAUCGAAGGAGAGAGGCUGGGAGGUGUCUUGGGAAGAGGCUCUGGGACCGCCUUCCUUGUCUCCAGUAUCUGGAAGGGAGAGCUCCCCUUGUGUGACUGCACCCCUCAGAAACCCACCCCAUUUGGAGUCCCCUUCCCUCACUGUAGCUGGCUGUGCAUGUGGGGUUCUCCAGGGCAGCCCCUGCCUCCUGCCCCCCUCCACCCAUCUGUAUGCACCUGGCGGGACUCGCUUGUCUGUGAUCUGGGGGGGGCAGGGGGGUCUGCCCUCUUCUCCACUGACCAGGACAGGUGAGGUCCGCCCCCCCCCCCCGUUGGCACCUGCCUCUUCCUCCUGCCCACCCUUUCCUUCCCUCUCCUUUUCUUUCUUUCUUUCUCUCUCUGCCAUCUUCCUGCCUGUCGGGACGUCUUCGGCGCCUCCCUUCUACUCCUCCUCCUCCUCCUCCUCAGCUCUUCCACCCUAGAAGAGAGCAUGAAAGAGUAUGAGCAGGAUCUGGCCAGGAGGCUCUACCAAGCCCGCCAGCAGGCACUGGGGGGGCAGGGCCCUGCUGCUGCUGCUGCCGCCGCCACCACAAGAAGCCCUGGGCCAGGGGGCCACCCCAGGUGUGCAGAACUUCCACACAACCCCACCUACACCCCAGGGCCCGCACAGCCCCAGAGGUGCCCCCCAGGUCCAGAGGGGCAGCUGGGCCACACUUGUGCCGCCACUGGAGAGUCCGUGCUCUGCCUCCUCUGCUCCUCCUGUGCUGGACAGGCGUGUUUGCCAAGCAAGAGACCAGGCUGGGGCAGAUCUGCACCCUCAGCUGCUCCUGAGAGCCUCCGCCCUGGAUGAAGGAGGCAAGGGGGGCCCUUCUGCUCUCUACCAAGUUUCUGCCUUCUCUGCAGCAAUGGGGGCGACUCCACUCAGCACCUCCUCCGUUGGCCAAGUGAGGAGGGCCCUGCAAUGCCCCCCCCCCGCCCCGGGUGACGGUUCUUGCCUUGCCAGCCCACCCCAGGUGUGUCAACCUCUCUUCCUCCCGCCUGGCAGGAUGAAGUCCCUGGAGCAGGAUGCCCUCAAGGCCCAGAUGGUGAUUGCCAAGUCCAAGGAGGGCAAGAAGAGGUCCACCCUGGAGCAGCUGGCGGAGUCUCCCUCGCCCGCCCCCACCCCCUCGCCCACCCCCCUGGAGGGUAGGUCACCUUCUUUCAUGGCAGUCUGGCUUAGGAAGGGGAGCCCACAGCGGCUCAGAGAGGAGGCAUGGGCUUGAUGUCUCCCUCCCCCCUUGCACAAUUUAUCCUCUCAUUUCUCUCCAAAUCCUGUCUCUCUUUCAGACUGCAACACCCGGAUCCUGACUUCUCCAGGCAGGCUGGUAAGGAGGGGGACCCAGCGCCAGUCAUGCUUCAGAGGAGGGGGGCUGUGAGCAUGGAGGUCCCUGUAGCUCUUCAGGUCGGGGGUGCGCCUGGCCGUGGCCCAGAAGGCUCCCUCCUUGCUUCCCACACUGUUCCCUCUGUCUUGGGGGGUCCCUGGUGCUCCCUCUUGCUCUGACUCCCCCCACCCAGUCUCUGCUCCUGCCCUGACCAGCACAGCCAGCGGGGCAUUCUGUGGGCCUCAGGCAUGACCUCAUUGCUGCUGCACUCUGUUGUUGGCCAGGGCAGAUGGGGGGUCUUUUAGGGAGUGAGACCCUUGAGGAGGUGGGAAGAUGGCUGCCACAGGGAAACUUCAUGAGGGAGCCCCUUGAUCCACUGACCAUGAGGGAGCCCCUUGAUCCCCCCCCCCCAGUCCAGCCCUGCAGCCUGCCAAGAAGAGCAGCAGGAAGGGCCCCGCCUGCACCCCCCCGAGCCUCCCCUCCUGCUUCCCCACAUGCUCCUUCAUCCUCUUUCCCCCUCUCUCUUUCUGCCUUUUCCCUUCUUUCUGCCACUCCUUUGGCCCUCCAGUCUGUGCCUGAAAAGAAGUUUCUCUACAGGGAAUUUGCUGCCAUUCCUUCUUCCAAACCAGUUUAUGAAAUCCAGGUACAAGCUGCAUGUGGUGGGGGCAGUCAGGAACACACACACCCCUGGCAGUCGGGGUCUGAUGCUCCACCUCCUGCCCCUAUCUAGCCUGGGCGGGGGGAGGGUAGAGUCCUGGGGGGUCAUUGGCAGCCACUGGGGCUUAGGCUGGAAGCUGCCCCCAACUCAGAGCAGAGUCCCAGGCCUUGUGGGAACCCUGCUGCCCCUCCUUCCAAGGUCUGUUGGGGGGAGGUGACGGGAGAGGCUACUGAAGACCCCUUUCAGACAGGCCAGGCUGCCCUGUAAUGGCUUCUUGGCCCCCUCCCUGCCAUCUCCAGGCCAUGUCACAAGGACACCCUCAAGCCAGGCAGGUGUUGUGCUGGAUCCCGCCUGGCAGCGGCUUUAGGCUGCUGGGCUCAUCCUGGCUCAUGAUCUGGCUGGCUCUGCAGCGCUGGUGGCGAGGGGGCCGUUUGCUGCCUGCCUUGCCCCUCUGCCUUUCCAGCCGUCUCCUUGGAGGCUCCAGAGACCAGUUGGUCUCUGUCUUGGGAAGCCUCCGUCUGCCAGCGAUGGCCAGCAGGGCCCUUAGGAGGCCCUCCUCCCAGCAGUGUCUUGGGGUCUGGGGGUCUCACAGAUAGGGAGCAUGUGAACCACACAAGAUACGUAACGGGCUCUGGUGGGAUCUCUUGCCAGAUCUCCCUGGCCCCACCUCAUGCCCGACCUGCUUUUCUGUCCCUCUGCCUGGCGGGUGGGCAGGGGGCCCAGAGGCUGAGUGAUGGGCACUUUAGCACCAGGCGCCCUGGCUCUGGAAUUCCUCUCUUGCCUCUGGGGCCUCCUGCCUGCUCUUCUCUGCACCCCCUUUCUCCCCCUCCCACCGCAUGCUCUGUUCUUCAGCACCUGCUCCCCACCCCCAACCACGUGGGAACGGGCAAGGGGUGCUUUAUGUCCUGGGGGGCAGGGGGUGGGGAGCAGGCAGGGACUGAUCCCGCUUUGCACUGCCCUUCCAGACUCCAGAUGGCGGAAGCACCUGCAGACUCAACGAUGCCAGCAGCUCAGGUGAGUGCCCAGCUGGAGCCUCCCGGCCUUGGGUGCUGCCACCAGCGCUUCUCUCCUGAGGCCUCUGCUUUUUCUGUUCCUUUCUAGAGUGAAUGGUCAGCUGAGCAGCAAGGAGCAGUGGGUAGGAUGCCCUUGCACUGCCUAGGAAUGGAGUGCUGUGAUGAGCAUGCAGUUGGUGGGGUCGGGGGGCGGGUCAGAUCCUGCCCAAGGAGCUGGGAGUGGCCCAAUGAGCAUGCCCAGCCGCCUCCCAUUUUGGUUUGGAAAGAAGUUGGGGGUACCCUCAGGGACCCUGAUGCUGGAAGCCUAAUUCCAGGCAAGGCAUGAAUGUGUCUGGCAGGCAGCAGGGGGGAAGUAUUCUCAAAAGAUGAGGGGCUUUGUGGAAGAGCAUUGAGCUUGCUUCUAGGUCUCAGGCACUGGUGCCAUCUCUGGGGGGUCCUGAGGGUUUGGGCACCCACAGAGUGUCUGCUGUGGGUGCCCCGCCCUCGCGUUGCUGUUGGCCGCUGCCCCCCACCCCUUGCCCCCAGCCUUACCUCUGCUGGCUCUCUGGCACUGCAAGUGGAAACGGAGCCUCUGUCGUGGGGGCCCUGUUGGGGUCUGCUGCGGCCACGGACGUGCUUCUGGGGUGCAGUGGAGGACUUGCAGCAGAGGUCUUGGCCUGGUUGCCACGGCGGGGGUGGGGCGCCGGAGUGCCAUCUCCAUGGGGCCAUGGGCACCCAGGCGCCGCUGCCCCAGCCCCGUCAUGAGCGAUGUGACGUCAUGACGCCAUGCACACGCACCACUGGGCACCCACAGUCUGGGGCCCAAGUUGCCACCUCUGGUCUCAGGAAGCUGCUUUGGAGCAACUGGCUCCCAUUCUUCCCCGGGGUGUGUGUGUUGGGCACAGCAAGUGGACCUGGGAGGUGUGUCAGCGGGGAAGUUGAUGGCUCUGCAGGAUCCCCCCACUUCUGACUGCUCGAAAGGAGCUCCUGCUCCGCCACCAGUGAAGCAGAAGGAUCUCUGCCUGCCUUGGGUUGCCUGCCUGCCUGUUUGUCUGUCUGUCUGGGUGUUCCUGAGGUCUUGCUGUUCCCGUUUUCCAGUGCAGGCUUUGCGCGCCUCAGUUCAGCCCACCUGAAGCUGGCUAGACACUGCUUGGAAAGCGGAGGCCUCCCAGUUCCCCACCCCCUUUGGGGGCCACAGCCAGUGCAGGCAGCAGAAGGGCCCAGCCUGGGGGCUCCAGAGCCUCCUGCAGCAGGCAGUGCCCAAAGGGGGCAGGGGGCAGAGGUUGCCCUGGGCACCUCCUGAAUCAAGCCAGGCAGGGGAUUGGGGUCAGAUGCUGCCGCCCCUUCAGCCCUCCAUGACCUCUUUCCCUCUGCUCUCCCCCUCCAGUGAGCCAGGAGCAAGACGGACAGGCAGCAGCCCAGGAGCCCCUUGGGGCUCACGACCCGUCGACUCCCAGCGCAACUCCCCCUCGGGAAGAGAUGGGGCUCUGCAGCAGCAGCAGCGGCAAGCGCAAACUCCGACCAACCCAGCACAACCUGGAAACUGCUGUCCCCACAUAGUAGACUUGCCCUUGGGGGCUGUUAGAAACACCACCAAGCCAAGUGGGGGGUCCGCUCUGUGGACAGUGUGGUGAUGUGGCCAGCGGGCUCCCAGGUGGGCCUGGACAGAACAAGCUCCCUGGCGCCUCAGCUGGCAUCUUGUGGGCUGUGACUCCCCUUCCUCCUCACCCAGAGGGGCAGGUUGUGAGCAAACGGGGGCCGAAGAGAGCAGUGAGAGGGGCGGGGGGACCCAUGCAGGGCAUGUGUGCGUGUAAAUAUUGGGUGGGAGUGUGUGCGUGCGUGCGAGGGCGGGGGUGCCCAGGUCUGCAGCUGCUUCAGGCUGACCACUGUUUGCAGAGGGCCCGGGCCCAGCUGACAUUUGCCAAACAGCGAGGGGGCCACUUGGGAAACACCAGCUGUCCUACCCCCUCCCUGGCAAAGGGCAGCAGAGGGACAGCACCCUUGUGCAGGAUGGGGAGGGAGAGGGGGAGUUAUUGCCAAGUGCUGCCAUUUUCCUUCUCCUUCUGGGGGGCCAUCCAUGCCGUGAGGGGGCAUGGGCAGAAAUGGGCACUUCUGCCUCUUCAGCAAGGGCCGGAGGGAACGUUUGGGAGCUGCCUGGUGCUAGCAAACGUAGAGCAGCGUGGGAGCAAGAGUAGGAGCAGGCUAGUUUCAUUAGGAUGGGGUGAAGCAGAUAGAAGGUACAGGUAAAAGGGGGGAUUUGGUGGUUGGGGCGCAGGGAGAGGGGUAGUGCAGGGUAGGGCAAAGAUGUUGGGGCAGAGGUUGGCGGCCGAGGGUGCUCCAGCGAGGGCCAGGGCUGCUGCUUGCUCUGCCUGCUGGCUCCAGCCUCUCGGGCCCCUUUCUGAGAAGAGUGGCGCUGCCUGUGUGGGCAGUGGCUUUGCCUCGCUCCUGGCUGGGUGGUGGUGAGCAGUGGGUGGUGCUGGCUGGCGUGUGUGUGUGUGUGCUCAUCACGUGUGCAAACUUGCCAGGCAGCCUCUGCCAAAGGACAAGAUGCAGCAGCUCCUCAUGCCAAAAUCAGAGGAUCAUUUUAACAGAACUUGUGUUUGUCUGCAGAGGGCGAGAGGGGAGGCUUCCCUCUGCCUGCCUCUCUCAAGCUGCACAGUGGCUGCUUCCACAGCAGCAGUUAGAGCUUUUUGAUUUUAAUCUAAUUUUAGCAUUUGCUUUUAAUGAGCAAUUUGGGAAGUGAUCAGGCAGGGUUUCCGUGACUAACAUACAACUUCUCUAGGUGCUGGGCUGUGGCAUGUCUCUCUGUCUGUCUCCUCUCCCAGAACACUCCGAGGGAGAUCAAGACUGUAACUAGUGACAUUUGUACAACCAAAGAAAUCUAUUUUGUGGUUCAAGGACAAUAAAGUUUACUUUACAUUUUAGAAA